CAGCUUUUCUCUGUCCCAGACUAUAUACCAGGAGCUUCUGCCUGCUAGUAAGAAGGUAAGGAGACAAGUGGACCAGCGAGUGCUAGGGGACAGUCCUUAUAAAGCGUUGAGUGAGCGCAUCAUUAGAUGCAUUUAUGCCAAGCUCAGGGUGCUGUCUGCAUAGUAUGCCCUUAGUUGGCCAGCUGCAUGAUUGGCAGGCAGCCUGACAUGCAUUCAUACCAGGCUGGCCUUCUAAUUCUUUGGGCAGACAUAUCCUCUUUUUGGGCAUGUUCGCCCCUUUUGGCAGGUUACGUGAUUUGUGUCAGUGGCACACCCUUUUACAGUGCCCAUUGACUUCCUGCUUAGGGGUUAUGGAUUUACUUGAAAGAUGAAGACAUAAAUUAGUGAUAGAUUAGCCUACCCAUACCGUGUUUUCUUAUAGCUAUAUUCUCUCCAGCACCAUCUCCAUCAGGUACAUGAUGCUUGGGAGUGUUUUACUGUUUUUGUUCGAUAUGAUUCUGUAAUUAGGCCCGUCAUAAUUGUCAGCACCAGGCCCACUGGGCUCUUAAUCUGGCCCUGUAGGCAGGGUAAUAUGGAGGAGUUAUAGGGAGAGUUAUAUGGAGGAGUUAUAGGCAGUGUAAUAUGGAGGAGAUAUAGGCAGUGUAAUAUGGAGGAGUUAUAGGCAGUGUAAUAUGGAGGAGUUAUAGGCAGUGUAAUAUGGAGGAGUUAUAGGCAGUGUAAUAUGGAGGAGUUAUAGGCAGUGUAAUAUGGAGGAGUUAUAGGCAGGGUAAUAUGGAGGAGUUAUAGGCAGGGUAAUAUGGAGGAGUUAUAGGCAGGGUAAUAUGGAGGAGUUAUAGGCAGGGUAAUAUGGAGGAGUUAUAGGCAGGGUAAUAUGGAGGAGUUAUAGGCAGGGUAAUAUGGAGGAGUUAUAGGCAGGGUAAUAUGGAGGAGUUAUAGGCAGUGUAAUAUGGAGGAGUUAUAGGCAUUGUAAUAUGGAGGAGUUAUAGGCAGUGUAAUAUGGAGGAGUUAUAGGCAGGGUAAUAUGGAGGAGUUAUAGGCAGGGUAAUAUGGAGGAGUUAUAGGCAGGGUAAUAUGGAGGAGUUAUAGGCAGGGUAAUAUGGAGGAGUUAUAGGCAGGGUAAUAUGGAGGAGUUAUAGGCAGGGUAAUAUGGAGGAGUUAUAGGCAGGGUAAUAUGGAGGAGUUAUAGGCAGGGUAAUAUGGAGGAGUUAUAGGCAGAGUUAUAUGGAGGAGUUAUAGGCAGUGUUAUAUGGAGGAGUUAUAGGGAGGGUAAUAUGGAGGAGUUAUAGGCAGGGUAAUAUGGAGGAGUUAUAGGGAGAGUUAUAUGGAGGCGUUAUAGGGAGAGUUAUAUGGAGGAGUUAUAGGGAGAGUUAUAUGGAGGAGUUAUAGGGAGAGUUAUAUGGAGGAGUUAUAGGGAGAGUUAUAUGGAGGAGUUAUAGGGAGAGUUAUAUGGAGGAGUUAUAGGGAGAGUUAUAUGGAGGAGUUAUAGGCAGUGUAAUAUGGAGGAGUUAUAGGGAGAGUUAUAUGGAGGAGUUAUAGGCAGUGUAAUAUGGAGGAGUUAUAGGGAAGUAAUAGGAGGAGUUAUAGGGAGUAAUAGGAGGAGUUAUAGGGAGGGUUAUAUAGUGUUAUGAAAGAUAUAUGGAGUAAUAGGAAGAUUUAAACAGCCAGCAUGUCGUAUCCUGAUAAGGCAGGGUCUUAGCAUUGCAGAGACCUUUCCUUUGCCCAUAUCUUAUUUAUUAUCUCUCUCAGUGCCUGGUUUAAUGAGCAUUUUGUAAAACAGCUCAGAUUGUAUCUCUCUGUCUGCUCAGAGGAAGUCUCUGCAUGUUAAAUAGGAUUCAGUCAGGCACAUUGCUUCUGUAUGCCACCAGCUGGACAGAAAGAGUUUUAACUCUAUAAACCUGUCACUGGGCUAUUGCAUGGGACUGACCCAUUUAUAGGGACACAAUGUCUGCUAUAAUCAUACAAUUACAAACUAUAUGUAAAAUGUACCUAGCAACUGUAAAAAAAAAAAAAAAAAAAAAAAUCGUUAAUGCAGAUCUAAUGCUACUCUUAAAGUGACAGUCUCUGAUUCCCUCACCUCAGUAAAUGCUAAUAAAGAGCUUACUUUGGGGAGAAGUGUAAUGGAGGUAAGUGGAAAACAAAAGGCCUCCACCAUCACAACAUUUCUAAGUCCAGGCUCCCUGUGACGCAUCUGUCAUUUCUAUAUGAGAUCAGGCAUUGAUUAAGGAAUCCCAUAAAAGAUACGCACUUGUUCACUUUUCCAUGGUGCCAUAUGUAUACACGUCACUUUAACCCAUCAAACAUGACACUGUCAUUAGGUUACUCUGCUCCUACAUGGGACUGUCCCUUUAACCCAUUAAACAUGUCACUGUCAUUAGGUCACUUUGCUCCUACAUGGGACUGUCCCUUUAACCCAUUAAACAUGUCGCUGUCAUUAAGUCACUGUGCUCCUACAUGGGACUGUCCCUUUAACCCAUUAAACAUGUCACUGUCAUUAGGUCACUUUGCUCCUACCUGGGACUGUCCCUUUAACUCAUUAAAUAUGUCACAGUCAUUAGGUCACUUUGCUCUUACAUGGGACUGUCCCUUUAACCCAUUAAACAUGUCGCUGUCAUUAGGUCACUUUAACCCAUUACACAUGUUGCUGUCAUUAGGUCACUUUGCUCCUACAUGGGACUGUCCCUUUAACCCAUUAAACAUGUUGCUGUCAUUAGGUCACUUUGCUCCUACAUGGGACUGUCCCUUUAACUCAUUAAACAUGUUGCUGUCAUUAGGUCACUUUGUUCCUACAUGGGACUGUCCCUUUAACCCAUUAAACAUGUUGCUGUCAUUAGGUCACUGUGCUCCUACAUGGGACUGUCCCUUUAACCCAUUAAACAUGUUGCUGUCAUUAGGUCACUGUGCUCCUAAAUGGGACUGUCCCUUUAACCCAUUAUACUUGUCGGUGUCAUUAGAUCACUUUGCUCCUACAUGGGACUGUCCCUUUAACCCAUUAAACAUGUCGCUGUCAUUAGGUCACUUUGCUCCUACAUGGGACUGUCCCUUUAACCCAUUAUACUUGUCGCUGUCAUUAGGUCACUUUGCUCCUACAUGGGACUGUCCCUUUAACCCAUUAAUCAUGUCGCUGUCAUUAGGUCACUUUGCUCCUACAUGGGACUGUCCCUUUAACCCAUUAAACAUGUCGCUGUCAUUAGGUCACUUUGCUCCUUCGUGGGACUGUCCCUUUAACCCAUUAUACUUGUCGCUGUCAUUAGGUCACUUUGCUCCUACAUGGGACUGUUUCUUUAACCCAUUAAUCAUGUCGCUGUCAUUAGGUCACUUGGCUCCUACAUGGGACUGUCCCUUUAACCCAUUAAUCAUGUCGCUGUCAUUAGGUCACUUUGCUCCUACAUGGGACUGUCCCUUUAACCCAUUAUACUUGUCGCUGUCAUUAGGUCACUUUGUUCCUACAUGGGACUGUCCCUUUAACCCAUUAAACAUGUCACUGUCAUUAGAUCACUUUGUUCCUACAUGGGACUGUCCCUUUAACCCAUUAAACAUGUCGCUGUCAUUAGAUCACUUUGUUCCUACAUGGGACUGUCCCUUUAGCCCAUUAAACAUGUCACUGUCAUUAGAUCACUUUGUUCCUACAUGGGACUGUCCCUUUAACCCAUUAAACAUGUCGCUGUCAUUAGGUCACUUUGCUCCUACAUGGGACUGUCCCUUUAACCCAUUAAACAUGUCAUGCUGAUUGUUUUCUAUGUGGUUUAGUUUUUGUGCAUGAUUUAAUUAUUUUAAUUUCUUUUUUUUAUUAUCCAUAAAUAAAAUUUUGAGACCCAUUUAACACUUCCUAUAGUAUUUAUCUGAAAUAUACAUUUACCCGGGAGUGCUAAAUUGAAUUUAGUUGUUGCACAUGGUCGCACAUGCGAGAAAGCAAUUGAUCCGGAAACAACUACAUUGUGUGCAUUCACUGCACUAUAUUGUCUUUUUAAUAUUUAUGCUUUUUUAUGUGUUUGUGGUGUAUUUCGCACCACAUCACAGAGCUGUAUGAAAACUCAUUAUCUUCCAAAGCUAAGUUUAGAUAAUUAGGUAACCGGAUCUGUUUUUGUCAUCUCCCAUGGAGUCAUGCUUUUCCCUCAAGGAUUGCUACAAUACUACUUUAGGUUCGGACACAAGGGAGUCAUUGUCUGUACGGCGAUAGCUGUUCUGUGUUCUUUCAUUGUGCCGGGGUUAUAGGAAGAGAUAAUUAUCCUGCCAUCACAGACACCAUUAUUUCAUUGAUCCCUAAAGUAAAAUAUUGUACAUGGCACUUACAGCUAUCUCAUUUUUCUUUUCUGCCGGUCUUUGAUUUGUCCCCCUAUAGAGUGUUUAAAAGGAGAGUACUUCUGUAUGAUAAAAUAUCUGUAAAAAAAAAAAAAAAAAAGAUAAGUAUUAAUAGUUCAUAUGUACUCCCAAUCAGAGUGCUUUUUAAAGCACUCUACUGCAGUCAGUAACAAUACAGCUGUGAAUCCUGGGUGUCUGUUUGGCUUAGAUCACCGAAUCUCCAGGUUACACUUUCCUGAGGCAUUGUGCCAUCGGACCUAGAUCCGCGCUCUUGGUUUUUUAAUGUUUUUCGCCAAACAGCAAUUCAUUUUGCCCCUUUUGCAUUCUCUACCAACUAGGCACAUACAUAAGCACCACUUGUGGUUAUGGUGCUGGGAGAUUUUGGAUGCCUUCCACCGCUUUUCUGUGAAACUUUGUUCAAGAAAAUAAAUACGAAAAAAAUUGGCUGUCAAGACACAAACCUUCUGCAGCUGCCCGGAUAAUGUGAUAAAUAUUUGUCCAUUUUGGGCAAAUAACACCAAAGUAUAAUCUUUGAAUUACCCCAGUGACCUGUAGGAGCAAAGUGACCUAAUGACAGUGACAUGUUUAAUGGGUUAAAGGGACAGUCCCAUGUAGGAGCAAAGAGACCUAAUGACAGUGACAUGUUUAAUUGGUUAAAUGGACAGUCCCAUGUAGGAAGAAAGUAAUCUAAUGACAGUGACUUGUUUAAUAGGUUAAAGGGACAGUCCCAUGUAGGAACAAAGUGACCUAAUGACAGUGACAUGUUUAAUGGGUUAAAAGGAGAGUCCCAUGUAGGAACAAAGUGACCUAAUGACAGCGACAUGUUUAAUGGGUUAAAAGGACAGUCCCAUGUAGGAGCAACGUGACCUAAUGGCAGUGACAUGUUUAAUGGGUUAGAGACAGUCCCAUGUAGGAGCACCGUAACCUAAUGACAGUGACAUGGUUAAAGGGACAGUCCCAUGUAGUAGCAAAGUUACCUAAUGGCAAUGACAUACUGCAGUACUCUUCUCAGUGGUCUUACGUGUUCUUAGAUUGCACCGUUGCAAUCUAAUGAAUGCGGGGGCAAGGCUCAUUUUCCUGUCCGCUCGCACCUCCCAUGCUUCCCUGCUCUGUCAGUCCUUGCAUUGGCUCCCAGUUAGAUAUAGGGCUCAAUUUAAAAUUCUGGUGCUUGCUUACAAGUCCCUACAUAAUGCUGCUCCAACCUACCUAGCCUCCCUAAUACACAAGUAUGUCCGUUGAGGCCCCUACGCUCUGCCAAAGACCUACUUAUAUCCUCUGUCCGUACUCCAAGACUUUUCCAGGGCUGCACCUCUUCUGUGGAACUUCCUUCCCUCCUCCGUAAGAAUUUCACCCAGUUUCCACUCAUUCAAAAAAAUCAUUGAAAACUCACUUCUUCAAGAAAGCAUACCAAUUAAACUGUUAGCAGGUUUUCAUCCCCCACCCUCCAUGACUCCUCUCCUGCAACUGUCAAAAUUACCUACCAAGCCCUCAGCGAAUACUUUUCUAUCAUCUUACUUCAUACCCCUACUUUUACGCUUUGUGUCACUUUACCCCACUCCCUCUAGAAUGUAAGCUCAUUGAACAGGGCCCUCCACCUCUCUGUUCCUGUACGUCCAGUUGUCUGGUGACAAUUAAAUGUCUGUUAGUCCACCCUUUGUACAGCGCUUCGGAAUCUGAUGGCGCUGUAUAAAUAAUAAAAUAAUAAUGGGUUAAAAGAACAGUCCCUUGUAGGAGCACAAUGACCUAAUGACAGUGACAGGUCUAAUGAGUUAAAAGGACAGUCCCAUGUAGAAUAUUUGACACAUUGAUUUUUCCCUGACAUGGUAAAUACUUUAAAAUUACAUUUUAAUUAUUUGUUCUUAGUUUAGGAAAUGUUCACAUAGAUUGGCGCAGAUUGAGUGUGUUGAGGGACAGAAUGACUACACAGGAAGAUAUGAGUAAAGUCCAGUCACAGUGAUCCACAGUCAGCCAUGACUAAUAAAAUGAAUUUGCAAUACAAACCUCUUGCACAUUUGCCCCUUGAGAUGUUCUGUUAAAUGCAGCUGUGGGGAGGUUUCAGCACUGCAUCCUAAUGUUACAGCCUUACACGUUCUCUCGAUAUCUGGAGGGGUCUGUUUAGUAAUGGGGAAGAAACGCUAUGUCUGUCCUUUACACAUCUUUCCAUCUCUCCAGGGAAUAAGUUGUUCGAAUAGUCUCGUACAUUGAGUCUGAUUCGAUAUUCAUAGAAUCUUCAUUCAUGUAGUAUUUACAUCAGUGACAGGGAACGUCUACACCAAGUAUACAGUGUAUUCGUGUAUGUGAAGGUUAUCAUCCAAAUUGUGGCAUCUAUGUACGUCUGAUAAUUCUAGGGGAUUAUUUAAUCUGCAACCCCUGUAUAACCAAAAUGAUGGAUAAUUAUGGGGAAUUCCUGGAUCUUCUGAUAGUAUUCAUUGUUUGAGAGCCAUGAGCUUCGAUUCACUGUAUUUUUAUUGCCAGACUAAUCCUGCUGUGCAGAAUUCACCUAACUGGUUAAAAAUAAUCCUCUUUUAUUGCUUUGUUUUUACUUGUCUUGUCUGUUACAGGUGAAUAACAUCUAACUUUAAUUGUAGUUUGAAAAGUUUCAAUUAUAAUCAAAGGGCUAAAGGUAAAUGAACACCGUAUUAAAUAAACCAGGAAAUCCUGUUUACAAAACACUCUGCACAUAGCACCAACAUUUAUCACAACACAAACAAACCACAUGCAUUAAAACAAAAUCAUAUAAAGAGAUUUAUUCAAAGCGUCCACGACAGAAUGCAUUUUCCUAUAAUCCCUAAAGGCACUCCAUAUCCAAUAGGGUUUGUUUCCUCACUCCAAAAUGACUUAACUGAUUAAAACAAACAAAAAUAGAUGUAAAUGCAUCAUUUUCCAAACUAAUACAACAAAAUAGUGUAUAAUAUUUCAGGUGCCAUACAAUGACACUUUUCCUGAACGCAUAUUAUCUAAAAUUCCAAUAAAUAAUUAGCUGAUUACAGAUUUGCCCUUCCUUUUUUUUUUUCAGAUCCUGUAAAGCAGGGGUGACGUCACGCUGUGUACGUGGCACUAGAAGCUACAGGUAUAAUACUGAAUUUUACAAUUUACAGUACACCAUAUCAGCUCACUAUAUGGAGGAACAGUGUCAAGAAAACAACUUGUUUUCCUAGCACGAUAGUUUCCCUUUAAGGGGGGGGGAGGUCCACACACACACACACCCACCCACAUACAAACUGAUCCAUACGGACACACAGACUGACCAAUACACAGACACCUCUCCUCUCCCCCACAGAGUGACCCAUUCAUACACAGACUGACCCAUACACACACACACACACACAGACUGAUCCAUACACACACACACACAGACUGAUCCAUACGGACACACAGACUGACCAAUACACAGACACCCUCCCUCUCCCCCACAGAGUGACCCAUUCAUACACAGACUGCCCAUACACACACACACACACACACACACACACAGACUGAUCCAUCACGGACACACAGACUGACCAAUACACAGACACCUCUCCUCUCCCCCACAGAGUGACCCAUUCAUACACAGACUGACCCAUACACACACACACACACACAGACUGAUCCAUACGGACACACAGACUGACCAAUACACAGACACCCUCCCUCUCCCCCACAGAGUGACCCAUUCAUACACAGACUGACCCAUACACACACACACACACACUGAUCCAUACGGACACACAGACUGACCAAUACACAGACACCCUCCCUCUCCCCCACAGAGUGACCCAUUCAUACACAGACCGACCCAUACACACAGACUGAUCUAUACGGACACACAGACACCCUCCCUCUCCCCCACAGAGUGACCCAUUCAUACACAGACCGACCCAUACACACACAGACUGAUCCAUACGGACACACAGACUGACCAAUACACAGGCACCUCUCCUCUCCCCCACAGAGUGACCCAUUCAUACACACAGACUGACCCAUACACACACACACACACAGACUGAUCCAUACACACACACACACACCACUACACACAGACUGACCUGUACACACACAGACCUGACCCUUUACACGCACACACACACAGAUUGAACCACACAGACCACACACACACACACACACACACACACACACUGACCGACCCAUACAAACACAUAUACUGACCCUAUACAUACAGUGUCCUUCCCAACAGACUGACCCAUAAACACACACAGACUGACCCUUACAAACACAUAUAUUGACCCCAUACAUACACAGACUGAUCCACACAGACACAGACUGACUCAUACACACCCAUACACACACAGACUGAACCCUUCCUCACCCCCACAAACUGACCAACACACACACAGACUGAGCCAUCUUCUCUGCGCCCCCCUGCCCCCCCCCCAGCAGGAAGUUACUCGCAGCAUAGCGAUGGCCACAUGUGCGAAUUCCACCCACCCCAUGAUCUGCUGCUGCAGCUUGUGAAGGGAGGCUAUGUGCUCCCAGCUUAGCUUCGAUUACAAUUGGUGGGGAGGGAGCACUGCAUGAUGUAGGAGGCUAUGGCCCCCUCUACCCUAACCUAGUGAUGCCCCUGAUAGCUGUUAAUCAUAACCUGGUAUCUGUGGGCACAUACUGAGUUCUCUAAACCCUGCAAUGAUUCAGAAACAUAACUACGAGUGGCAAAUUUCAUGGUUUAAUAAGGGUGAGAUUUUAAUUCAAUCAUUAUUCCCUGAAAAUUGGAUAGAUUUAAAUUUUUAUUGAAUUACUAUGAUCAGCCACAGCAUGCAAGCCACUGUGUUCUUGUCAUGUCUAACCAAAUUACAUUGUCUGACUCUUUCAGCUCAAACCCCUCAUUUCAAAUUAAAUCCAUAGCUACCUGCUUAUCGAGACAAGUUACACAUAGAUCCAUCCUCCACAAUCCAGUAGAUCCAAAAGAAGUGUGAAAAUAAUAUUAAGAAAAGUAAUGACAUUUAAAUGGAGUACCAACCAAAGUAACAUUGUUUACAGAAUGAGGCCUAAGAUCUGCCUGAUUCAAUCUUCCUAGAGAGAUCGUGGAUACACAGAUGAUAAUGUAUUCCGUGUCUUAGUGCAAUGUAUGUCAGUCUAAUUAAGAAGCCACAACUGGAAUUGAAAGAACUCAGAGCUUGUUCCUGAGAGCUGCCAAUCUUGUUUAUGAUCAGGCGGUUUCAGAUUGUCUUGGCGUUUAGUGCUUGGCAUUACGGAGACAGAUGUUCAGGGAUUCCGGUGGGCAGGGGAGAUAAUUCCACUGAAAUGGUGCAGCCUAUGGCGAAACAGCUGGCCAAAGUGGGAAGCUAUGGUUGCUUUUAAAAAAACUUUAUUUUUUUACAGUACUGUAUAAGAGUCUUAGGCCACCAGUAGAUUUGUUGUUCUAGCAAUGGUAUAAUGACCAUACAUAAUUUUUCUUCAGUCUCUUUAUUAGAAUACAACCAGAAAAUAAAGUAUGUAUGCAAGGCCACUCCAAAAGGGAAAUCCGCAAACAAACUGUAUAUUCGAAAUGUGCCAUUCUAAUGGUUAUAAAGAAAUUUGAAGAUUCAGGACAGGUCAUGGACAAAAAAAGAACUGGAAGACGAAGAAAAUGUUCAAAAUCUGAGAAGUGUCUGAGUUUCUUCUUUGACAGACCGGAUGAAGUCCAACAAGGACCUGGUUCAGUAUCUGGCAGCGUUAUUGGGAGGCCAAGUUGACCAUUCUACAGUCCGAAGAAGCUUGAUGGUCUUUGUGGAAGGGCAUACAUUCCAAUAUUUGCAUAUUUUGGCUUUUUCACCCUGUUCCCCUUCUGGAAAAGUGGUUUCUUGGCUGCAACCAGUCUGCAAAGACCUCAAACGUCUUUGGACUGUAGAAUGGUCUACUUGGCCUCCCUUUGAGAGUGGCCUAGUAUGCAUACUGCGUAAAAAUUUCCUGUAUUUUCUGGUUGUAUAAAAAUAGAGUGAUACCUUUAAUUCUAUAUGGUCAUUAUAUCAUUGCUAAAACAACAAAUCUAAGACGUUUGCACAGUACUGUUUUUCUCCUUUGGACUUAUAUUUCAUUUGCAUAACAUUUUUUCUUUUUAAUUUACUUAACUAAAGAUACAGGUCAGUGGCAUAUUCCCUUGGCACCAGUCUUUCAAUAUAGCCAUUGUGACAUCGAGCAGGAUGUGUGCUUUCAGGGCACAGUAAUAGUUACACGUGGAAUAACUUAGAGGACAGAGACCCUUUGGUGGGUUUGGUUUAGAGACUAGUUAGUUGUGAAGGAUGUGUGAGCAAGACUUUGUUAGAUUGUGCCGGUGAACCAUCACUCUGACAGCCACCUUCACCUGCAGGUUGAGCUAUUUUGACUGGUGGCUGGUGCACCCAGGACGGGUGCUAUAAUCAGAAAGUUACUGUCAAGAACAAGACAGGAUGACAGAUCGUGGAACCAUUUACCCAGCAUUUUGCUUUCUUCUUAGGUUUUCACCCUGACGUCUCCUGUCCCUCUCUCUCCCUAAGAGAGAUACUGCAAAGUGUUUUACAGUUUUUGAUGUGAGCCUUAAGCGAGCUCUACACUUGUCAUUGUGUUUCUUUCCAGAUAUCUAUGGUAGUGACAAGCACAGGGACUCACGAAUGCCUUUCAUGCAGACGCUAAACCAUGUCUUCUUGCCCCUGUCCCCAAUACCCCUUCUGUUUGGUUGGGGACCUCUUAGCUUUCUAUCAAAGGGCUCUUUAGAAGCCGUAAUAGACUGAGCCUGCAAACAUAGUGCCAGUGGUUUAGUAGGAUUAUUAGGAAACAAUACCCUGAAGCUCUUCAUCUGACUUGAACAGAAUGUGUUAUUUUAACACAUAUUUCCGCUGUGCAGAAAGCCAUACCGCUUGGUGUCCUGCUGACCAGUGCCAGGCUGUGCUGCCACGUUGCUUAUCCUUGUAAUGCUGCUAUGUAUGAGGCAGAUAUAAGGCUCAGACACAUUUUAUCCAGUGAGAUACUUUGGGAUGAAAGAGGGAGCUCGGAUCCCUAACUCAUUCUAGCUUUCAAAGGGUUAGCUCUCCAAUAGACUGCGCCAAAUAAAAUGUGACAUAGCUGCUUACUCGCCGAGGACUUCACAAAUAGGUCAUCGGAGUGUGAGCUGAUCUGGCUAGAAGUAUGUCAUAACUAAUUACCUCCAUAAAGAUUCAUCUCAUUCAACAGCAACUCGCUUUGGGGAGAAGUGGGUGGUCGUGGGCUCCCGAUGGACACUGACACAAACCCAUAUGGUUUAUUAGAACAGUGCCUCAGGGUGCAUCCUGGAUAAAAUGUGCGGGGUGAGGGUGGAGAAGAUAUAGGCUGGAAACCUUUAAAUAUGUCACUGUCAUCGGGUCACAUUGAGACUGCAGGGGUAGAGAAACACUUUACCACGUUAGACCCAUUACAUUGCUCGAGUCACUUUGCAGCCACGAGGGGCCCUUGGACUCAUUAAAAUAAUCAGUGCUCAGAGAUCAGGGCUACAGAUGACCAGAAAUAGCUGUGAAUAAAUGGGAGUUGGAGUGAAACUAACCAAGCAAUUAGGGAUUACCUACCUCUCUGUACCAACUGCUUCAACCUGGGAAGACUUAAUUAGCACACAGCAAUAAACUUGGCUUAUUGUCAUUCUGAUCAGUAAAUUCUUUGGAUUAAACUGCUGGUCUGUUUGUUUCUCUCAUUACUAGAUUUCAGAAUCAGGGCAUCUGCUCAGUUUCAUUAGGUAUAAGUAGAUUAGAAACAAACACUAUAUCUGAUUGGAUAGUCUCAUAAAUUAUUCAUAUGUGCAUUUAAUCUCACAAGUGCAGAUCACUUUAUAAGAACAGUCAAUAGGAGAUCUCUGUAUGUGAAUUUAUCACUCAUCUUGUUAGGGAAUAUAGUUGAAGCGUCCAUUAAGUACCUGUAUGCAGGGUUAUAAAGGUUUAUCAUGUAAUACGGCACAUAGAGACAACAUUGCAGGUUACUACUGGAGAGAUCAUUACAGGGCUAGAAAAUGUGUACCUAGUCACACUGAAUGUUAGAUGCGAAGCUGGUUGUCCGCAGUGUAAUAUGCAGACAUGUAGAAGUAACAGUCUCUCUGGAAGCAUGGCACGUGAGCAACAAUCUGUCUGUGUUAACACAAUGUUCUUGUAAACGCACUUGGAUAUAUUUAGUAAAAUGGCCGUUUCAGGCACCCCUAUAUUGCACUUCCAUGGAAACAGAUUAGACUUUAUUUGAAUUCUUUUCAAUUGACGACUUAAUAAAACAAAUCUCUCUCGUGUUCUCAUUUUAGCAUAACACAAUUAUUCAUUCUGCAUGUGUUUUAUUCUCCCCUCCCCCAAUUUGUGUGGGCGCUCUUUAAACUCAUUGGCUUUACUUCAUUGUAGAACUAAAUGGACCUCAGCCCCUUGAUUGGACUUUAGUUGGUUGUUAGGAUGAACUCCGUUCCGUACUUUCUUCUUCAAUACAGGGCAUGUUUUGAAAACUACAACCUCCAUAUAUUACCACACUAAAAAUAUCACUGGCCAUGUACCUCUCUGGAAAUAGGGUGGUUUUAUGAAAAAAGGGGCUUUUGAACAGCCUUUAUACGUCAUCAGCAACAAUACAUUACACAAAAUUCAGAUCAAUUUUUGAUUUUAGCACUGCUAGAUACAAGGUACUCUCUAGUAUCAUAUCUUUGCCACCCUGUAUGGAGAGUUAGGCCAUCUUAACCCUCUUUAAAGGGUUACUCCAACCCUAUUUUAUGCUUCAUUUUUUGGUCAAAAAAACUAUUCAAAAUAAGGUAAAACUUACCUUGAAUCCAAUGCUGGGCUAAUUUCUCCUGCCGCAUCACUGGUUCCCUCUUUGGGGUCCAAUCUCAUUCUUCUUAUAACGGAGCAUUGUUGGACCUAGGGGCGCAUGUAUGGCGAGCAUUGAUAGAGAAGCAUUGAAUCCCAUGCAUCUCUUUAAGACGCAAUCGGGGAAUGUCAGCUGCACAUAGGGUAGGUCAGGGUGUAGACAAGGGAAGAGAUAAAAAUCAAGUACUGCAAAAUCUAAUGUAGAGAGCUGAGAGGUCUGGUAUUGGAGAGCUAGGGGACAAUUUAGUUUGAGAGCUCUUUGGACAGGGCCCUCUUGACCUACUGUUUCCGUAUGUCAUUCAUGUUUUGUUAGAAUUAAACGUUUGUUUUGUUUCCUAUUGUACAGUGCUGCAGAAUAUGUUGGCGAUAUAAAUAACUGACCUUGUGCUGUCCCUUUAAAUGAGUUAUCUGGAUUGUGUGAUUGAGCUGCACACACAGUCCCACUGGUUCACUGCGCUGCCUGCAGGAGAAGCUCAUUAUGUCCGUCCGCAGUGCAUAUAGACCAUGACCAUUUUUUAUGCGCAGAACUGACAUUAGGCCGUCUGGAACAAAAUCCCAGGCUGACUAGCUCACAUGUGCCGGAGGUGUUACUACAACACACAGCUUUAUGGAUAUCUCUGAAUAGACCGCUAAAACACUGCGCAUACAGAUUGCUUGCACAAUGACCACUUCUAAAAGCAGAGUUAAAGUGACCAUGUCAUACUGGGGAUGCAUACAUUUAUCUAUAUAUUGCGCCGGUGAGAUUGCUUGUAAAUGAUUAAUGUGUGUACUGACCUGGAGGUCACUUACAUUACAUCCCUACAAAUGAUGCAUGAAAAUCAGUCUUUCCACUUUGACUAUUUUUACCUUGAAUUUGAAAGUCACUUUAGUGAAAAGCCCUGAUAAUACAUACUGUGAAUGUUACAGAUAUUGGGAGUAAAAGCGUGAUGCUCAAUGUUCAGCGUGGAUACCUGGGAGAUGUUCUACCUACACAUUGAAACCAACUGGAGAAUUACAAUAAUUUCCUGGUCACUGUAAACAUCACUACAGGAGGGGCAGCGGAUCUCGGGAGAUGUUCUACCUAAACAUUCAAACCAACGGGAGAAUUACAGUAAUUUCCUGGUCACUGUAAACAUCACUUCAGGAGGGACUGCGGCUCUCGGGAGAUGUUCUACCUAAACAUUCAAACCAACGGGAGAAUUACAGCAAUCAUUUCCUGAUCUCUGUAAACAUCAGCGGAUCUCGGGAGAUGUUCUACCUACACAUUGAAACCAACUGGAGAAUUACAAUAAUUUCCUGGUCACUGUAAACAUCACUACAGGAGGGGCAGCGGAUCUCGGGAGAUGUUCUACCUACACAUUCAAACCAACGGGAGAAUUACAGCAAUCAUUUCCUGAUCUCUGUAAACAUCACUACAGGAGGGGCAGCGGAUCUCGGGAGAUGUUCUACCUACACAUUCAAACCAACGGGAGAAUUACAGCAAUCAUUUCCUGAUCUCUGUAAACAUCACUUCAGGAGGGACUGCGGCUCUCGGGAGAUGUUCUACCUACACAUUCAAACCAACGGGAGAAUUACAGCAAUCAUUUCCUGAUCUCUGUAAACAUCACUUCAGGAGGGGCAGCGGAUCUCGGGAGAUGUUCUACCUACACAUUGCAACCAACUGGAGAAUUACAAUAAUUUCCUGUUCACUGUAAACAUCACUACAGGAGGGGCAGCGGAUCUCGGGAGAUGUUCUACCUACACAUUCAAACCAACGGGAGAAUUACAGCAAUCAUUUCCUGAUCUCUGUAAACAUCACUUCAGGAGGGGCAGCGGAUCUCGGGAGAUGUUCUACCUACACAUUCAAACCAACGGGAGAAUUUCAGCAAUCAUUUCCUGAUCUCUGUAAACAUCAGCGGAUCUCGGGAGAUGUUCUACUUACACAUUGAAACCAACGGGAGAAUUACAGUAAUAAUUUCCUGAUCUCUGUAAACAUCACUACAGGAGGGACAGUGGAUCUCGGGAGAUGUUCUACCUACACAUUCAAACCAACGGGAGAAUUACAGCAAUCAUUUCCUGAUCUCUGUAAACAUCACUACAGGAGAGGCAGCGGGUUUCGGGAGAUGUUCUACCUACACAUUCAAACCAACGGGAGAAUUGCAGCAAUCAUUUCCUGGUCACUGUAAACAUCACUUCAGGAGGGGCAGCGGAUCUCGGGAGAUGUUCUACCUACACAUUCAAACCAACAGGAGAAUUACAGCAAUAAUUUCCUGAUCUCUGUAAACAUCACUUCAGGAGAGGCAGCGGAUCUCGGGAGAUGUUCUACCUACACAUUGAAACCAACUGGAGAAUUACAAUAAUUUCCUAGUCACUGUAAACAUCACUACAGGAGGGGCAGCGGAUCUCGGGAGAUGUUCUACCUAAACAUUCAAACCAACGGGAGAAUUACAGCAAUCAUUUCCUGAUCUCUGUAAACAUCACUACAGGAGGGGCAGCGGAUCUCGGGAGAUGUUCUACCUACACAUUCAAACCAACUGGAGAAUUACAAUAAUUUCCUGGUCACUGUAAACAUCACUUCAGGAGGGACUGCGGCUCUCGGGAGAUGUUCUACCUAAACAUUCAAACCAACGGGAGAAUUACAGCAAUCAUUUCCUGAUCUCUGUAAACAUCACUACAGGAGGGGCAGCGGAUCUCGGGAGAUGUUCUACCUAAACAUUCAAACCAACGGGAGAAUUACAGCAAUCAUUUCCUGAGCUCUGUAAACAUCAUUUCAGGAGGGACUGCGGCUCUCGGGAGAUGUUCUACCUACACAUUCAAACCAACGGGAGAAUUACAGCAAUCAUUUCCUGAGCUCUGUAAACAUCAGCGGAUCUCGGGAGAUGUUCUACCUACACAUUGAAACCAACGGGAGAAUUACAGCAAUCAUUUCCUGAUCUCUGUAAACAUCACUACAGGAGGGGCAGCGGAUCUCGGGAGAUGUUCUACCUAAACAUUCAAACCAACGGGAGAAUUACAGCAAUCAUUUCCUGAUCUCUGUAAACAUCACUUCAGGAGGGACUGCGGCUCUCGGGAGAUGUUCUACCUACACAUUCAAACCAACGGGAGAAUUACAGCAAUCAUUUCCUGAUCUCUGUAAACAUCACUUCAGGAGGGGCAGCGGAUCUCGGGAGAUGUUCUACCUACACAUUCAAACCAACGGGAGAAUUACAGCAAUCAUUUCCUGAUCUCUGUAAACAUCACUUCAGGAGGGGCAGCGGAUCUCGGGAGAUGUUCUACCUACACAUUGCAACCAACUGGAGAAUUACAAUAAUUUCCUGUUCACUGUAAACAUCACUACAGGAGGGGCAGCGGAUCUCGGGAGAUGUUCUACCUACACAUUCAAACCAACGGGAGAAUUACAGCAAUCAUUUCCUGAUCUCUGUAAACAUCACUUCAGGAGGGGCAGCGGAUCUCGGGAGAUGUUCUACCUACACAUUCAAACCAACGGGAGAAUUACAGCAAUCAUUUCCUGAUCUCUGUAAACAUCAGCGGAUCUCGGGAGAUGUUCUACCUACACAUUGAAACCAACGGGAGAAUUACAGUAAUAAUUUCCUGAUCUCUGUAAACAUCACUACAGGAGGGACAGUGGAUCUCGGGAGAUGUUCUACCUACACAUUCAAACCAACGGGAGAAUUACAGCAAUCAUUUCCUGAUCUCUGUAAACAUCACUACAGGAGAGGCAGCGGGUUUCGGGAGAUGUUCUACCUACACAUUCAAACCAACGGGAGAAUUGCAGCAAUCAUUUCCUGGUCACUGUAAACAUCACUACAGGAGGGGCAGCGGAUCUCGGGAGAUGUUCUACCUAAACAUUCAAACCAACGGGAGAAUUACAGCAAUCAUUUCCUGAUCUCUGUAAACAUCACUUCAGGAGGGACUGCGGCUCUCGGGAGAUGUUCUACCUACACAUUCAAACCAACGGGAGAAUUACAGCAAUAAUUUCCUGAUCUCUGUAAACAUCACUACAGGAGGGGCAGCGGAUCUCGGGAGAUGCUCCAGGUGUUUUUAAUGUUACCCAUGUUUCUCACCUAGAGCAUCAUGGGAAACCUUUCUCACAAACAUCUGGAGCUUCACCGCUGGCUGUCACUGCCAUCACUAAUAGAAUAUUAAAGUUGGGGAGAAGUUGGCUCCAGUGUGCAUUAUCCCUUUAAAUACAUUGUAAGGGAUACUAACUGAAGAUAGCCUUAUUUUACUGUUAGUAGUCAGACUAUUUAGAAUAGAUUGCCUGAAAACAGAAAUUCACUCGCAUUAGUGAAUAACACUGUUAGAUACAUGUCCUUCAUUGUAUCAUUUCUCCUCUUCUCUAUAUGCCGGGGAGCCAGGAUGGAGUCGCUCAGUUACAGGACAGAGCGUAUAACAAUGGCUGACGGGGAGCUAAGACGGAUGCGCUCAGUUACAGGACAGAGCGUAUAACAAUGGCUGACGGGGAGCUAAGACGGAUGCGCCCAGUUACAGGACAGAGCGUAUAACAAUGGCUGACUGGGAGUUAAGAUGGAGGCGCCCAGUUACAGGACAGAGCGUAUAACAAUGGCUGACGGGGAGCUAAGACGGAUGCGCCCAGUUACAGGACAGAGCGUAUAACAAUGGCUGACUGGGAGUUAAGAUGGAGGCGCCCAGUUACAGCACAAGAGGUGUUGGUUUCUACAUUUAAUUUUAUCUUUUCACCUCACAAGUACAUGUUGAUUAGAUACGAGGAAAUCUGCAUAUGAUAUUAAAAAUCUUGUGCAAUGGCAGUUCCCCUUUAAAGAUCACCCUCUGUAUCAACAUAGACUACAAUUCUUUGUUAAUGCAGUAAAAUCAAAACAUUUAGUGAUUACUGGCACUUGUAUUUAUAAAAUAGUAAUUUUUGUUUUUUAAUUGCCAGAUGUUUUUUUAAAUAUUUUGAAGUUUGAAGUUUUGAAUAUUACAAAAUACCACAUUUUUGUUUAGUGAUAUCCAUAGAUUUUCAAAUCACUCGAUUCUUGUGCCCCUAGAGCCGGUGCGCCCAAAUGUGGUCAUGUGUUACACCUUAUGGACGCGCUGGGCCACUGCCGCCUCUCGCAAUAUCGGUAUCAAUAGUCGAUACCGAUAUUUGCCAAAAUCCUGAAUAUCGGACGAUAAUCGGUCUAUCCUUAAUUCACACGUAAAGAUAACACAAAACAUAUCCAGCCAGACCACACAUUCUUUUUGUAUGCUGUCCAAAUGAUCCAAUUUCUUCCUGGAAGAGGGAUGGACCCCAGACAGUCCACGGGGAACCCCGACACACCCUCUCAGCCCGGGUGAAAACUCAGUAUAUCUUUCAGAAGGUAUUGGGAGGCCAGUAUGAGAUUACCCAGCCAGUGGGUGGCCGGCAGGCUGUGUACACAUAACACUAGUUAUUCUACAACCCCUAACUUGUCUUAAAGGGAUGUUGUAGUGCUAGGAAUACAAUGCUGUAUACUGAGCAUUUAGCUUCUUCCUCUUUCCCCAUAGUAAACUCUUACUGUACUUACCUGAUUCCAACGGCGAUCUCGCUCAGUGCUCGGUUGGCGUUUCGCCUCUUCCACAUCACCCGACAAGGGGAGCAUAAAUGCUUUCCUAUAGAGAUUUUUUCUGACAUGGGAUGUCAUAAAGCAGAGCGUGAGGAUGUCCAGUGUCAGGUGACCAGAAGUUGCCUAGCAAAUAGAAAGUGGCUGUCUGAUUGACAGCCACUAGAGGUAAUAUUAACCCUGCAAUGUAUUAUAUAUUAUUAUAUAUAUUAUUUCAGUUUCAAUGAUCUGAAGUGGUCUGGGUGCCUAUGUUGUCCCUUUAAAUUGUUGCAAUGUAUCAAAUGCUGUCUAUUAGUAUAGGGACUAUACACGUCACUGUCAUUAGGUCACUUUGACCCUACAUGGGACUGUCCCUUUAACCCAUUAAAGAUGUCACUGUCAUUAGGCCACUUUGCUCCUACAUGGGACUGUCCCUUUAACCCAUUAAACAUGUCACUGUCAUUAGGUCACUUUGCUCCUACAUGGGACUGUCCCUUUAACCCAUUAAACAUGUCACUGUCAUUAGGCCACUUUGCUCCUACAUGGGACUGUCCCUUUAACCCAUUAAACAUGUCGCUGUCAUUAGAUCACUUUGUUCCUACAUGGGACUAUCGCUUUAACCCAUUAAACAUGUCGCUGUCAUUAGGUCACUUUGCUCCUACAUGGGACUGUCCCUUUAACCCAUUAAACAUGUCGCUGUCAUUAGGUCACUUUGCUCCUACAUGAGACUGUCCCUUUAACCCAUUAAACAUGUCACUGUCAUUAGGUCACUUUGCUCCUACAUGAGACUGUCCCUUUAACCCAUUAAACAUGUCGCUGUCAUUAGGUCACUUUACUCCUACAUGGGACUGUCCCUUUAACCCAUUAAACAUGUCGCUGUCAUUAGGUCACUUUGCUCCUACAUGGGACUGUCUCUUUAACCCAUUAAACAUGUCGCUGUCAUUAGGUCACUGUGCUCCUACAUGGGACUGUCCCUUUAACCCAUUAAACAUGUCGCUGUCAUUAGGUCACUUUGCUCCUACAUGGGACUGUCCCUUUAACCCAUUAAACAUGUCACUGUCAUUAGGUCACUUUGCUCCUACAUGGGACUGUCCCUUUAACCCAUUAAACAUGUCACUGUCAUUAGGUCACUGUGCUCCUACAUGGGACUGUCCCUUUAACCCAUUAAACAUGUCGCUGUCAUUAGGUCACUGUGCUCCUACAUGGGACUGUCCCUUUAACCCAUUAAACAUGUCACUGUCAUUAGGUCACUUUGCUCCUACAUGGGACUGUCCCUUUAACCCAUUAAACAUGUCGCUGUCAUUAGGUCACUUUGCUCCUACAUGGGACUGUCCCUUUAACCCAUUAAACAUGUCGCUGUCAUUAGGUCACUUUGCUCCUACAUGGGACUGUCCCUUUAACCCAUUAAACAUGUCGCUGUCAUUAGGUCACUUUGCUCCUACAUGGGACUGUCCCUUUAACCCAUUAAACAUGUCACUGUCAUUAGGUCACUUUGCUCCUACAUGGGACUGUCCCUUUAACCCAUUAAACAUGUCGCUGUCAUUAGGUCACUUUGCUCCUACAUGGGACUGUCCCUUUAACCCAUUAAACAUGUCGCUGUCAUUAGGUCACUUUGCUCCUACAUGGGACUGUCCUUUAACCCAUUAAACAUGUCAUUAGGUCACUUUGCUCCUACAUGGGACUGUACCUUUAACCCAUUAAACAUGUCUCGGUCAUUAGGUCACUUUGCUACAUGGGACUGUCCUUUAACCCAUUAAACAUGUCACUGUCAUUAGGUCACUGUGCUCCUACAUGGGACUGUCCCUUUAACCCAUUAAACAUGUCGCUGUCAUUAGGUCACUUUGCUCCUACAUGAGACUGUCCCUUUAACCCAUUAAACAUGUCACUGCCAUUAGGUCACUGUGCUCCUACAUGGGACUGUCCCUUUAACCCAUUAAACAUGUCACUGCCAUUAGGUCACUUUGCUCCUACAUGGGACUGUCCCUUUAACCCAUUAAACAUGUCGCUGUCAUUAGGUCACUUUGCUCCUACAUGGGACUGUCCCUUUAACCCAUUAAACAUGUCGCUGUCAUUAGGUCACUUUGCUCCUACAUGGGACUGUCCCUUUAACCCAUUAAACAUGUCGCUGUCAUUAGGUCACUUUGCUCCUACAUGGGACUGUCCCUUUAACCCAUUAAACAUGUUGCUGUCAUUAGGUCACUUUGCUCCUACAUGGGACUGUCUCUUUAACCCAUUAAACAUGUCACUAUCAUUAGGUCAGCGAUUACUGUGCUCAACCGCUACAUUAAAAUGUGUUUUUUUUUUUUUUUUUUUUAAAAAACAUGUUACUGUCUUUGUUCCUCAGUUGCACAGCCCCCUGUAAGCAGUUAAAUAGUGUGUAGAAGUCAGUGAGAGAGUGUUGGAUUCACUGAUUAUUUCUGGUUGUAAAAUGUCCCCUUUGAUUUAAAGGGAGCAGCUGGUUCUGGAGAAGUUAGGGCCAGCUGUAAGGAGGGGUUAGAACACGUGUCCCUUUUGGCAAUACAGUGAGUUGGAGGAGUGUUACAGCACCUGUGCAGAGUGGAGGGACGAGGUCUGACCUGUCAGUAUUGUAAAGAAAUGUGUGUUCCCUAUUCCUUUAUUGUGCAUAAUGAGCCAUUUUUGGAUGGAAUUCCAUUACCAGCCCUGCUGGUUAGCUAUUCUACGAGUAGAUCUCAGUGCAUAAGACAUGGUUUACGGCAUACUCUGUGUAGCUGUGGAGGGCCAUUUGUUGGUACAAUCAGAGCGUUAACCAACUGAGAUCACCAGAUUCCUGUUAGUAACAUUUCCCUGAGAUCUCCAUUUUGCUGUGACCGUCCCAUUUGUUUCUACAAUCAGAGCUUUAACCACCUGAGAUCACCAGAUUCCCGUUAGUAAUAUUUCCAUAAGAUCUCCAUUUUGCUGUGGCCUGUGAGGACGUUGCUGCAAGAUAAAAUGGAACUGUCACUUCACUCAAAGUGAUUACUCAGCAAUCCUAUUAUUAUUUCUUAUUUAUAUAGCACCAACAUAUUCAGCAGUGCUGUACAAAAGAGGGAAUAAAGACAAAUAAUAAGCACAUCCCGAUACAGAGGACCCAGCCCGUGAGCUCACAAUCUAGCAACGCUAGGGUUCGUGGUGCAGCAGAUGCAAGUAGAAACACACUUAUGUUUGGCGCACUGCCAUGUUCACAGUGACUGUGUUGCUACUUGACGGCCUCUUACGUAUCCUCUGACAUGUGACUUUCCUUCGUGACUCCACGUACACAGUUUUGUGGGGGUUACAUUUAAUUGGGUGCUUUCGCUGUGUCAAGACCACCAGGCUAACAGUCUAAAAAAAAAAAAAAAAAAAGUUUCAAAUGUCUGAAAUUUGAAAAAAAAAAAUGCUCAACCCCUUAUGGAACCCCAUUGUGUAGUUAUUGUACAAAGCGUUCGCACCUGGUUUAUUUGACGGCUCUGCUUUACUCAGUAACUAUAUUUAUGGAAAGUAUUUUUGGUGUGUAUUCCAAGUGAAAUCACUACCUAUCGUGUAGACUGUAAGCUCCUCCUGUCACUUUGUUUUUAUGUCCAGCUCUGCAGAAUUUGACGAUGUAUAAUUACCGAUAAUGUCAAUGUAUUCGUGUGAUGGUGUGUCAGCAGUCCAUGUUAACACCAUCACACACCUUUCUGCUGGCGUUUGUGUUUGUCCAUUAAGAAAUGCACAAAGAAAAUUUCACUAAAUCAGAAUUGUGGAGGAUUAAAGGGGUAAUGACAUAUUUUAGGAUCUUCCAGCUAAGAUAGCUUUCCAGUUUGUCUGUUUCUCAAUUUCCAUAAUUCUCAGCUCAUAGUCUAAACCCCAUGGUCGUAGUGUUUAAAUAAGGACUCCAUCUUGAAAUGUGAUCAUUCAUAAAACGUAUCCACACGGGCUGCUGGCGCUCUAAACUUUACCUAAUAUACCCUCAUUAAAAGACAAAUCACACUUUUCCAAAACAACAGCGUAUUGAAAUAUAGUAUUUCCUAUUUUGCUUUUAUUGGAACCGGAAGUCUGUGUUUUAUUGCUCCUGCAGUCUUAGUGUUUCAUGUGGUAUGAGUUAUAUGAAGAUAUACAUUAUUGCUUGAUUCUUAUUGGCUGAAACCAUCAGGGAACCAAUCAGAAUAGGUUUCGGUUUCAAAUGUGUGUGUGUGUGUUUAAAGCACCUCUUGUCUCUGUUACUAGCUUUCAAUGAUUUAUAAGAGCAGUGAAUAUUUAGGUAUUACUGUCCCAUUAACCCUUCUCAUCCCAUGGGUCGUUAAGCCUUGUAACGAUAGGCAGUUACAGUGUCACAUCAGUGUUAAUGAUUAAUUCCCUGUCCUGAAAUUGGAGGUGUCUACUCUAUCAGCCUUUGUAGUGAGUGUGCGUUGAUUUUACCAUCAGUAGGUGGAUUAUUCUGAAUUUUGUAAAAACAAAAAACCAUGAAUAGGUUCUGCAGUAAAACAGUGGUGUGUGAUUCACUGGGCUACACAGCAAGGGAACAAUUUAUAUUUGCUGUUAUAUGGAAUACAAGUGCACUUCCUGUACUGUUUUGUGUUACGUUGACCUCUGAAUUUCUUUUGUUUUUGCAGCCCACACCCAUGAUGGAACAAUUUACAUUUGAUCUGCAUUUUUGAACGUCUGUUUGUUUGCAGUCUGGUGAGUAGACACAGCAUGCAUGGUGGCUGACAGUAUACUAUACAAAGCAUGCACAGGGGCCCGCACACCUACUCAUCUAACAGCUUAUUACAAAGACACAGUCUGUAAUGUAGGCUUCUGAGUGUUUUCUUAUUGAAUUGGACAUUGCCUCUUCUGCUAAGAGGCUGCAAUAUAUGUCUACUACCUCUUCAUUAACUUUUUUUCCCCUUUCUGGGAAGUCAGGAGAACAUAAGCAUGACUAGGUCACCACUUCGCUCCAGGCAAAAUAUCUUAAUACGUUACUCUGAAGCUGUUUAAAGUUUAUAUUAAAAAAAUUAGGAAAGUGGAGUUUUAACAGAAUACAAAGUUAUUUAUUAUAGACAUGAAAAGUUCCUGAAAAAUAUGGUCUUACCCUGGAGAUCUCAGAGGAACGUAAGGGAUGUAUGUAAACAAAUGCUACAGUUCUUCUAGCAGAGCCUUGCCCCGGAAAUCAGAUGUAACAUUAUAUUUGGAGGUGAUUAUACAUCUAUUAUCAGAAAUCACAGUUUCCAGCUAGAAAUAAAUCCUAUUAAUCAAAGCCACCUUGAUAAGAGCCCAGACGCAGUCCAUUCUUAUGGGCCCAUAAAAUGCCCUCUCCAAGGUGGUUAUGGGUACCCAAGCCCAUAGCCACUCUUCCAAACUAUGUCACUAUCUACCCAAAAGCUAACAAUAUGUAAUAUAUAUAAGAAUGGUUUGGUAGGGACAUAUUCUGGAGGGUGGCAAAGUGCUUUGGGACCCCUAGCUAACCAGACAGGGUUCCUAAAUGGGUCCAGAAAAAUGGACAUCUUCUGUAAUAUAUUUAUAUUUUAUUACAUAAAAUGGUUUUGGAUGCACCCCUUUAGUAACUGGCAUCACAUACAGUUAUUCAGUAGCAAUUUUGGUGUAAUUUUCCUGGAGUGCUAAAAGAACCCAUUGGACUCUAAAUUAAGCUACUACUGUUCAAAACACCUUCCAGGAGACUGGUUAGACUAACCUCACAAAACAGCUUCCAGGAGACUGGUUAGACUAACCUCACAAAACACCUUCCAGGAGACUGGUUAGACUAACCUCACAAAACAGCUUCCAGGAGACUGGUUAGACUAACCUCACAAAACACCUUCCAGGAGACUGGUUAGAUUAACCUCACAAAACACCUUCCAGGAGACUGGUUAGAUUAACCUCACAAAACAGCUUCCAGGAGAUUGGUAAGACUAACCUCACAAAACACCUUCCAGGAGAUUGGUAAGACUAACCUCACAAAACACCUUCCAGUAGACUGGUUAGACUAACCUCACAAAACACCUUCCAGGAGAUUGGUAAGACUAACCUCACAAAACACCUUCCAGGAGACUGGUUAGACUAACCUCACAAAACACCUUCAAGGAGACUGGUUAGACUAACCUCACAAAACACCUUCCAGGAACCUGGUAAGACUAACCUCAUAAAACAGCUUCCAGCAGCCUGGUUAGACUAACCUUCAUUGUAAUUUUUAUAUACUCGUGUUGCCGUGAUGCUCGGCCACCCAUAAGGCAUCUACUUUGCAAAAUAUUGUCCAUCACUAGUGCACAUCUCUUCAUACGUCACAGACAUGGUUGUUAUAGAGCUAAAUGAAGCUCCUGUUUUAUUCGUUUGAUUGUUUAAAGAUUAUGGAAAUAUUUAAUAAUAGCAAUAAUAGCAACUAUUUUACUCCGCUUAUUUUCUAAACCAUGUGUAAGCUUUCUCUUAAACUUUUCCUAUGCUGGUUUUGUCAAAGUGGUAUUUUAGUUGCAUAUUUAGAUCUAAUCCUGUCGUGGAAUAAUACAGUUAUCCCUUGUUCCCUACAGGUCAGUCCCAAUGUUUCUGAAAUGCCAAGCGAACAGGGUACUUCUUUAAUAUGCAUAUGAGGACCGGUGAUAAGAGGAAGUUCUCUAUUUCCUAGUUUUCCCUUCUCUUCAUCUAUGCAAAUUCAUUCUCUUCUCAACAAUGGUUGACUACUGUGCUUUGACAAAGAACUGCAAAACCUGUUUGUUCAUUGUGGAUAUGUAUGUGUGUAUCGGAGCAUGACAAGUUACAGAUCUUAUCACAAUGAUGGUGCGGAGGCCUCCGGAGUGUCAAGUAGAGGAAAUGAUGUUGGGAGAGGGAUGGAUUACUACCCACAAGGCCUUUGGUCCCAGAACAGUAAUGGCAUCCAAGUUGCUCAAGCUGGGGAUGGCUCGAGGGCUAAUCCUAUCACCCCAGCAAUGCCAAAGAUGGGUGUACGUGCCAGGAUUGCUGACUGGCCUCCAAAGAAGGAGAUCUUGAAAGAGACAUUAGCUUCCAGUCCAUUGAAGGAAACUGAUGUGUCAAAAGACUUUCAUAUGCAAAGGAGCUAUCAAAAUGGACAGCAUUUUCAGAGCAAUGGGGGUUCCCCUGGUUUUAGGGGUCUUCAUAGGUUGUCCAGGAAAAGGUCAAAAGAUGUGGAGUUCCAAGAUGGUUGGCCGAGGUCACCAGUGAGGACUUUUAUACCGCUUCGGAAUCGAAGCAAUAGUGAGAUAACACUCAGUGAGUGUGAUAUGGAAGAAAAUUUGGAACACAGAGGGACAAGGCUUGGCAAUGGUAUACCUCUUUUUAGAGAAUAUGGUAGCACUUCGUCAAUCAAUGUACAAGGAAUAUCAGAGCAGAGCUUCUUUGACAUUCUGAAAGACUUCAGAAAUGAAAAGUCUGACCCAGAGAUUGUGUCACCUGACAAAGGAAGUGGCAUUCUUCGAGAGGACUCCAGCAUGGCUUCCAACCUUCACCUAGUGGGGAGCUCCAGAACAGACCUGCGCAAUGGGCAGUAUUUGAAAGACGAUGGUUCUUUGAAGGAUAAGGACAAGACACGAAAAAGAGCCACGAAAGGGGAGUCAAAUGACUCUUCCAUCUUCCGUAAACUGAGGAGCAGCAAGAGCGAGAAUGAGCCAGGCAGGUCCUUCAUGGAACCGGAAGAGAAUUUCAAGCCUUGGGUCUGUCCAAAGACAUUUGCUCAUUAUGACGUACAAAGCAUGCUCUUCGACUUCAAUGAAGUUGCAGCCAAUCGGACCUAUGUUGCCCAGAGGCGAAACACCACAACGGGAGCCUCUGCUGCUUCUGCUGUGUCUUUGGCCGUUUCAAGAGCAUAUGGAUUAGGCAACAUGGAUCCCAGCUUCACCAGCACUGAAGACCUCAACUUCAAGGAGAACCUGGAGCACGACCUGGGAGACAACAACAGUAAUGACCUCCUGCUCAGUUGUCCCCAUUUCCGGAAUGAGACUGGUGGGAUGUGUGAACGCAAUGUGAGCUUCUCCAAAGCCUCGGCUGGGUCACCCUGUGGAAGUGAGGGUGGAGUCUUAGAACCUUCCCUCACCAUGUACUGUACAAAUGCCAGCAUCUCCGUCUUGGAGGUUCCCAAUGAGAUAGAGAAAACUCAAGGACGAUUAAAACACUACAGCAUUGAGCAUGUGGAUUUAGGAGCUCGGUAUUAUCAAGAUUAUUUUCAUGGUAAAGGUAAGAGGGUAACAUAUGUAAAACCUGUUGAGGCACAAAUGAAUGAAAUUGGAAGAACUAUGCUGAAAAAUUAAACUUUUUAUAUGUUGCAGCAUAUAUUAACCCCUUAAGGACCAAAUUUCUGGAAUAAAAGGGAAUCAUGACAUGUCACACAUGUCAUGUGUCCUUAAGGGGUUAAAGCAGUUUAGCUACCUUCUGGGGUCUUUGCAUAUUUUGCAAAGACCCCAGAUAGUGAUUGCUGUGGCCCAGGAUUGCAGGGGAAGCUAGUUCUUACAUCCCUGAACCUGUCUCUCACAGGCGCUACCAUCAUCCACUGCAAGGUCCUUUUCAGCUCCUCACUCUUCGCCUGUCAGGAGCUGACCUCAGCGAUAUACUCUUGUGCAUGCGUGAGAGUACCACACUGAUGUCUGUGGAGGAGACCGCAGAAAAUCUUCCGUAGAAAGAGCCCUUUUCCCCUCAGCGACCACUAGUGACUGCUGAGGGGUUGACAGCGGUAGCUCAAUCGUUUUGGCAAUUUUAGGAAAACUACAUAAGACAAAGUAGUCCCUGCUUUGUCUUAUAUGUUUUAACUGAGUUGGAAAUUCCAACACAGUCUCAUGAGCAUUUUAUAACGAUUUACUAAAUAUUACAUUGCAGAGUUGUAAUGCAUAUAGUCCUAUAGUGUAAAAUAUGUUUUUUGCCUGCCCUCCCUCCAGUGUGAGCUGCUGUGUUCCCUGAGAAUUCUAGACAGCAGUCGUUUUUUCGAACUGUUCGGAUCAGUGGCAGAGAGGUAGAGUGGGAUAAGCCCAAUAUCUUUUACACUAAAGAGCUAUGGCCAUUACAGUGUUUAGAGUAUCAGGUAUUAAUAUAUACUGCAACAUAUCAGAAGUCAUGCUUUUCUAUAAUCAUUGUUUAACCGGAGUAGUAAUCCAUUGAGAGCACGUGGCCUUGGGGGUUAAAAAAAGUUAAUUUAAAAAAAUGCAAACACUUUAUAGUCAUCUGUUUCAAUAGGACACUGCUUCAUAUAUGUUAUCUAUAUUUAUACUUUUAAGAAAAUACAUUGAAACAUUUUAUUCCAGUCAGAUUAAAGUGGGUUUUAACCUCUCUGCAGCGAUCUUGAAUUUUGCUCCCAAGCUCCUAUGGAUGGAAAAGGCAUAUUAUAUUUAUCAGAUCCCAGAUUUUUCUAUUUAUAUAUUAUCAUUUACAUCAUUUGUGACCUUGUCAUGAAAUAUUAAGAACCAUUAGGUUAAAGGGACAGUCCCAUGUAGGAGCAAAGUGACCUAAUGACAGCGACAUGUUUAAUGGGUUAAAGAGACCGUCCCAUGUAGGAGCAAAGUGACCUAAUGACAGUGACCUUUUUAAUGGGUUAAAGGGACAGUCCCAUGUAGGAGCAAAGUGACCUAAUGACAGCGACAUGUUUAAUGGGUUAAAGGGACAGUCCCAUGUAGGAGCAAAGUGACCUAAUGACAGGGACAUGUUUAAUGGGUUAAACGGACAGUCCCAUGUAAGAGCAAAGUGACCUAAUGACAGUGACAUGUUUAAUGGGAUAAAGGGACAGUCCCAUGUAGGAGCAAAGUGACCUAAUGACAGUGACAUGUUUAAUGGGUUAAAGAGACAGUCCCAUGUAGGAGCAAAGUGACCUAAUGACAGCGACAUGUUUAAUGGGUUAAAGGGACAGUCCCAUGUAGGAAGAAAGUAACCUAAUGACAGUGACAUGUUUAAUGGGUUAAAGGGACAGUCCCAUGUAGGAGCAAAGUGACCUAAUGACAGUGAUAUGUUUAAUGGGUUAAAGGGAGAGUCCCAUGUAGGAGCAAAGUGACCUAAUGACAGUGACAUGUUUAAUGGGUUAAAGGGACAGUCCCAUGUAGGAGCAAAGUGACCUAAUGACAGUGACAUGUUUAAUGGGUUAAAGGACAGUCCCAUGUAGGAACAAAGUGACCUAAUGACAGUGACAUGUUUAAUGGGUUAAAGAGACAGUCCCAUGUAGGAGCAAAGUGACCUAAUGACAGUGACAUGUUUAAUGGGUUAAAGGGACAGUCCCAUGUAGGAGCAAAGUGACCUAAUGACAGUGACAUGUUUAAUGGGUUAAAGGGACAGUCCCAUGUAGGAGCAAAGUGACCUAAUGACAGCGAUAUGUUUAAUGGGUUAAAGGGACAGUCCCAUGUAGGAGCAAAGUGACCUAAUGACAGUGGCAUGUUUAAUGGGUUAAAGGGACAGUCCCAUGUAGGAGCAAAGUGACCUAAUGACAGUGACAUGUUUAAUGGGUUAAAGAGACAGCCCCAUGUAGGAGCAAAGUGACCUAAUGACAGCGACAUAUUUAAUGGGUUAAAGGGACAGCCCCAUGUAGGAGCAAAGUGACCUAAUGACAGUGGCAUGUUUAAUGGGUUAAAGGGAGCAAAGUGACCUAAUGACAGUGACAUAUUUAAUGGGUUAAAGGGACAGUCCCAUGUAGGAGCAAAGUGACCUAAUGACAGCGACAUGUUUAAUGGGUUAAAGGGACAGUCCCAUGUAGGAACAAAGUGACCACUUUUGGGGAAUUUACACUAUGAAAUAAAAAACAGAAAAUCACAUAUUCUCCAUUGUAGCAAGUCUUAACAAAUUACAUCAUAAUCAGACCAGUUCAGACAAGCGAUUGACAGGGAGAUAAGAUGGAGGCACCCAGUUGUAUGAUAAAGAAGUUUCAAAAUGAAAUCUUAUUUUUUACACUUUAUAAAUACAUUUUUGUAAACAUAAUAUUAAGAAUCAUGAGAAGUGGCAGUUCCCCUUUUAAUUUGUUAAAUUAAGAGGCACAAUGUCUCCCCCUACUCUCGUCUUUAAAGACAUUAUUAAUGCAAAUUAAGUUGCUGACUAGGUCUGUAUGACCUAAUUAGGAAAAUGGUGCUUUUAUUUGGUAAAUAAAUUCCCAUUACUGUCUGAGACAUGAGUGACUGCUGCUAAUUUCAUGUGUCUAAUGGAAUACUCCCUCGUGACUGAAAUACCUAUUAUAGGUAACAAUUCGGAGAAUUUAUUGUCAGAUUAAAGGGAAAGUUACCAGGCUCUGCAUAACCCAUACGUAUUAAGCAUGGAUACUAAAUGGGAGUGAGAGUAUGAAAGACGUUACCUGCAAUAGGUAAUGUUUCUUUAAUUCUAUGGAGCCCCCUUACUUUGUAUGAAUGGUCAUUCCUAAUGCAAGAAUCUCAGGUGAAAACUGGCCUUUACCUCAUGACAAAUGAAAAAUGUUUGUUUUAAACUGAUGGACGCCCUUGUGUAUAUUGUGCUGACAGAGCUUCUAGUUUGUCAUGUAGGCAGUUUAUCUGAACAGAAAAACGUGAUCGAAAUUUAGCAUUCACUCUGUCACCAGCACAGAAAUAGUGGGAAACGUGAAGCAAUAGCAUUUACUGCAUCGUUUGCAUAAGUUAGGCCCCUUAGUGACGGCAUUACAGGAAAAGGGUCCCAGGCCUGGAAAGAUACUUCAUUUCCACGCGUCUUGAGACAGCGAUAUAUAGAUCUCUAUUUCCAAGCAUUGGGUCCCAUUUGUAAUAUCGCUACCUGGAAGAUAUUAGAAGUCCGGAACACAGGAUGGACAGCCUUGUGGAUGUGGGAGGGGCUAGGAUUCCAUUUUGUAAUGAUGUAUUAGUAACUUUGUAAUAUAAGUGUAUGAAUAAUGAAACCAUAUUGUGCAGAUCCCCCCUCUCUCGUUACAUGUUACAGAGUGUGCCGUUUCCCUUUCAGAGCACUGUAACUACUUUGGUGUGGAUGACAAGCUGGGUCCUGUUGCCGUGAGCGUGAAGAGGGACAAAGUGGAAGAUAGCAAGGACCAUGGCCCUCAGUAUCAAUACCGGAUCAUAUUCAGGACCAGUGAGGUAAGUCAGGAGGGGUGAUGGUUAGUGCAGGUAUAGGAGGCGAGUGUACUGUGAGAAUGACGUGCGUCCUUGCUAGGUCUCGUGUCUCGGUGGGGCUGGUUUAGAGAUCUUUGUUCCCUUUACUAGUCGUCAGUUUCCGUGACUGCAGUAUGAUACCACAUCGUAGCGCUGUCAGUCUCUGGAACUGCAGAGCUUUUCACAUAAUCAGAGGGCUCUACCGUCUGCAGCCAGCAGAGACUAUCCUUGUUAGACAGAUCACAUGGAAAGGGAAUAGACCAGAACAGUACACAGGAAAUAUAUGAUGUGAUCCUUUGUAAUAUACCACCAGCACUGCUAUGUCCCAAAAUUCCUUUACCCAGAAAAUGAAAGGGCUUGUUCAGUUCCUGCCCUUUUCAGUGUCACAGGGGUGAGCAUUGCAUCACUGGGAUAAGGGUCAGACUGAGCUGGGUCUGGGGGACAGGAUAGCUGCGCUUAUCUCCAAUCCCCCAGUUCUCUGUGCAAUCUAGUGUCUAAAAAUAUGUGUAGUGGAACCACACUGGGGAAUAUUAAGGCCUUUAGGUUCACAUCUCCCCGACAAAAGAGCCUCUGUUUCCCUGUGAGCAGAUUGGGACAAUGCCCGGUCUGUGUGAGAUGAGGAACUGCCCUGGGUUCCCUGCUUGGCACACUGGAACUCAUCUCUCAGCUGCUGCUCUGCUAGGAAAAUGGCAUUCAUAUCACAGAACAUGUGUGUAAUAAACCUUGCUUUCAUUAUCGUGUCCAUUUAUCUACCAACCUUUCCAUUUAUCUACCAACCUUUCCAUUUAUCUACCAACCUUUCCAUUUAUCUACCAACCUUUCCAUUUAUCUACCAACCUUUCCAUUUAUCUUCCAACCUCUCCAUUUAUCUUCCAACCUCUCCAUUUAUCUUCCAACCUCUCCAUUUAUCUUCCAACCUCUCCAUUUAUCUUCCAACCUCUCCAUUUAUCUUCCAACCUCUCCAUUUAUCUUCCAACCUCUCCAUUUAUCUUCCAACCUUUCCAUUUAUCUUCCAACCUCUCCAUUUAUCUCCAACCUCUCCAUUUAUCUACCAACCUUUCCAUUUAUCUACCAACCUUUCCAUUUAUCUACCAACCUUUCCAUUUAUCUACCAACCUUUCCAUUUAUCUGCCAGCUUCUACAUUUAUCUACCAACCUUUCCAUGUAUCUGCCAGCUUCUACAUUUGUAUGCCAACCUUUCCAUUUAUCUAGCAAGCUUUCCAUUAAACAGUAAUUACAGAAAUAUAUUGAAGUCUCUAGACUCCAGAUCAAAACAUUUCUCUUCGGUUCUAGUUAUCUUUUUCGGACACAUCAUCCUUUCUCUUCCCUCGCUCGUUCGGUCAUCAGGAUGUGAGAUUCAGAAUACAGGUGCCCACCCAGAAUAGUUUUUUUCCUUUUCUGUUUCUUUUUUUUCCAGCUGGUGACACUGAGGGGGAUGAUACAGGAGGACGCGGUGCCAUCCACAUCAAAGCAUGGUACAGUAAGGGGCCUUCCUCUCAAAGAUGUUCUGGAGGCUGUGAUACCCGAGCUAAACAUCCAUUGUCUGCGUCUGGCUAUGAAUUCUCCAAAAGUGACCGAGCAGCUCCUGAAGCUGGAUGAACAGGGGGUAAGAGAUCCUGGGGAGGUCGCACAGGGGGUUAUAACGCGAGAAAUGGACAUGCUGCCAAAAAGGGGUUUACAGCUGGGCAUUGAGGGCAUCAAGAAAUUGAAACAGCCAGGACUAGAACACCUGAGAAAAUACAGUGAGGGGCUUAUUCAUUAUAUAACGAGCUAGGUAGCUGAUUAUCAGUGACAUUUAGACCAUGUCAGGGUUUACUAAAAUAAUUCCUGUGCAGGCGAAGGGUACAUUGGCUCAGUGGAAUGCAGGAAAAUGAGCGUUACAGUCCGCCGAGCAACUGACAGCUUACCAGCUGACAAUUCCAUCCACACGUAUGAACAAUACCAACUUAUUAUACUUAUUAACGUGUGUUACUGUCUCCUUUCAGCUUUUCAGGAAACACAAGGUGGGCAUCUUAUACUGCAAGGCUGGCCAGAGCUCAGAGGAGGAGAUGUACAACAACGAGGGUGCAGGGCCAGCCUUCGAAGAAUUUCUGUCUUUGGUGGGAGAGAAGGUCUGCCUGAGGGGUUUCACUAAAUAUGCAGCCCAGCUGGACACCAAAAGUGAGUGCUGUCCUGGUACAUUGCUAGGGUUCAUGAUGCAUCUAUCAGUAUAAUGCCAUAAGGUGCAGCCAGAUAAGAAGUAAUCAUUCACUCUGUCUGAGAUUUGUUUCUGUUCUUAAUAAUUACAUUUGCGCAGUAGAAAUAGCCCUGUAUAUGACUUGGGCUUUUGCGAGUUGAAAUUUAACUUUUUGCUUCUACAGCAGAAAUUGGACAAUUUAACUACAAGAUCCACAAACCUUUGCUGUACCCAUAUAAAAACACUUAUGGUAUGCGCCCAGCACUGCUAUACAAAGUGAGCCUAGUUCACUUCCUGGCUUGAUGAUGGCUAAAUCUCUUAAAAUUUUACGAUUUCAUUAUUGUUAUGAUUAUUAUUAAUUUUUUUAAGUGUACCUGUCUCGAUCAGAUACAUUUAACAGUUAUAGACCCCUUAAACAUUUAAUAUAUUUUGUAUCGUGGUAAUAAAUCAUGGCUUCACACUGAUAUCCCAUGGAAACAUGUGGUAGAUAAAAUCCAAUUGUUAUAUAAAUUCUGCCAGUUUCCUAGCUACGUGCAUUAGAAACUGUGAGAAGGAACACAAUAAAAUCGAUUGGCAGACGACACCAGGCCGUCAUUCUCAUUUAUUUCCCCACCCUCCUUAGAAUUGUCAAGGUGUUUUUAUCCAAAGCCUUUGUGAAUUCUUUCACUGUGUUAGUCUCUAAAACCUCUGCCGGAAAACUGUUUCUGCAACUCGUUCUUUAUUAUUAUUAUUUUUUUCUCUCCUCUCGAUUUAGCUCCUUUAGAGUAAAUGUCACACUCUUGUUUUUUAUUUUGUGUAGCGGAUUCCACUGGAACACACUCUCUUUACACCACGUAUCAGGAUUAUGAGAUUAUGUUUCACGUGUCUACUCUCCUUCCCUACACUCCGAAUAACAGACAACAGGUAAAGAUACAGCUCUUUCUAUUCACACAACAGACAUACAUGACCAUCGUAUUGUCACAAUGUGACCGUGAUAUGUAUAUGGGGUAGAAAGUGUUUUAAUGACAGGAAUGUGUGAGUCUUUACUUCUUUUGUCCAUUGUGUACUAAGGACCAAGAACCAGAAGAACAGGCCGUGACAUGGAAAAACCAGUCCGGGGGCUACAUGAAUGAAAGAAACAUGUUUAAAAGUUAUGAUUGUUGGAGUAGUAUCCCUGUUUAAACACGUUUUAUUUUUGCUUUCAUUUUAGCUCCUCCGGAAGAGACACAUAGGAAAUGAUAUUGUGACCAUCAUCUUCCAGGAGCCAGGAGCAUUGCCCUUUACUCCACAGAACAUCCGUUCCCAUUUUCAGCAUGUCUUCAUCAUAAUCAAAGCCCAUGAUCCCUGCACAGAGAAUGUCUGCUACAGGUGGGUUCCUAAAAGAAAUAUAUUGCUCUCUGCCAUACCAUUUUCACGAUUGGCUGUAUUUAUCAUGCUGGUAAAUGUGUUUUGUUUUUGUUGAUUAGUGCAAUAGUCAUCACUGAAUGUACAUGUGUUCAUCCUUUGGCACAGCAUUGCUUGUUCAAAAUUAUGAAGUGGCAGAAUGUGUUCAGUUUGUGAGAGACAGGAAAAGAUUCCUGUCAUCUUUGACUGAUUGAAAUAUCGCUGCGUGGUGAUGCCUGCCCACGGUUAAGCUCUGUUAAUUUUCAACAUUCUGCUCAUCUGGUCUAACGGACAAGUAGAAUGUCAUUUUAGCAAGUUCCAAUCUGUGUAUUCCCAUGUAUAUUUAUCUUAUUAAAUGUUACAGUUUUUAUUUGUUUGCUAAAAUUAUAACUAACAGCAUUUGUUCUCUCUCUUUUACCUCCUUCUCAAAGUCCAGUGAUUACAAUCUAGUGAAAUAUUCUUCCCCUUCCUGUCCAGGAUUAUAACUUUCUCUGUCUAAAUAGAAACAAAACUCUCUGGAGACUACUUCAAAAUUCCACUGAUGCAUUUAUUGGCAGUAAUUAGCGAAAACAAUAAACAAUGCAUGCAUGAAAAAACAUAAUUAUGUUUCAAGAGCAGUACUCCUUAAAGUGAUAUAGCAUAUAUUUACUGGCGCUUAAUUGGCAGUGUUUCAACCUGCAUAUGGUGUCUUUUAACCCCUUAAGGACCAAACUUCUGGAAUAAAAGGGAAUCAUGACAUGUCGUCAUGUGUCCUUAAGGGGUGAAGCCUUGAAAACGUUUGAGACAAAAACUGACACAGUUUGAAACAUUGAUGGUCAAACACCGACUAAUGCACACUAGAUCGCUUUAGGAAUUCUGGUUCCAUUAUUUUCUCCCGCCCCCUACUUUUGCUGGCUGUUGUAGUUUUUGGUAGAAGUGGAGGAUCUUAGAACCCUUAAUAUUAGUAAGCAUUCAUCAUGAUUUCAUUCGUAUUUGCUCUUUACCUUGCUACAAGGAGAAUGCGGUGCCUGUCAACUCAUAUGACCUGACCCACUGAGUAGGGCAGUAGACUUAUCUCUUCCAUUGUAUGCUUUCUUAUUAACAGUGUGGCAGUGACCAGAUCGAAAGAUGUGCCCCCAUUUGGUCCCCCAAUUCCUAGUGGCGUUACCUUCCGGAAGUCCGAUGUCUUCCGGGACUUUCUGCUGGCCAAAGUCAUCAAUGCAGAGAAUGCAGCCCAUAAAUCAGAUAAAUUUCAUACAAUGGCCACCCGCACAAGGCAGGAAUACCUUAAAGACCUGGCUGAGAAUUAUGUCACCAACACACCUGUCGAUACAACGGGCAAGUUCAACUUAAUCUCUCUGACCUCCAAAAAAAAGGAGAAAACAAAACCGCGGCUUGGUGCUGAGCAUCAGAGCUCCGGUGCUUUAGCCUGGCGGGUGGUGGCGCAGGACUUUUCCCAGGCAGCCGAGACAGAAUGUGCCUUGGGCAUAUCUAACGAGUUUAUGGUCCUGAUUGAGACUGUCACCAAAGAGGUGGUUUUCAAUUGUUACUGUGUCGAUGUGAUUGGAUGGACACCCGAAAAACUGUCUCUCAAGAUCUUCUAUGGUCGUGGAGACCACAUACUAAUACGGGCUCUGGAUGAAAGCGGGGAAGACAUCAGGGAAAUUGUGCAAAGGCUGAAAGUAAGUGGGGAAAAAAGUGUACAUGAAUCAUCAGCUGGGUAUUCUAGAAGGAAACCACUAAACUAAAUCAAUAGUGCAGCUCACAGAGUACUUCAUUCACAAAAAACAGAACAAUACAUCAUAAUGUGUGCCCUCUGGGAAAUCCAGGCAGAAAAAAACUUUCAGAUGUUCAUGACAAAUAAAAUAAACAAAACAUACAAAGUAAUAUAGUUCUAAAUAGAAGACCUAAUAAGUAAUAUAUAUAUUAUGUAGCAUUUUAAAAAUCUAUUAUUUAGUAAUUCUGGUUGGCAUUGUGCAUUAUGCAAGGGUGGCAAGACAUUUGACAUUAAAAGGGUGCAGAGAAAUGCAGCCAACUCAAACUAAAAUCAGUGUUAAAGUAAAAAAAUGGCUGUGUCACAUAAUGGAGUUUAUUCACUAAACUGAAGAUGUGAAAAUAUGAAAAGCAAAUUACAAAUUGGAUUUGGAGACAUUCAGUUUGCUUGGUUUUUCUUUCCUAAAAAUGUCAGUUCCUUAACAAGUUUUAAAUUUUCAACAAUUCCCAGUUUGGCAAAUAAACCGCAGCGUGUCCAUGAAAUGUAGUGUUAAUUCUAACUGCACUUUUAAAAACUGCUGAAAGUGUAAAAACAAUGUCCUAAUUAGCUUUAGGUUUUAUAAAUUAACAGAUUGUUCGGGUCUGCUCCUGUUAAAGGCCCAUUUUAUUUUUGGGAAAGAAGUGCACUGUGACGUGUUAAAAUGUAACUGACUGCUUUGUGCACAAAUUAUGAGUCAGAUUAUUUUGCCUAAAUUUAACUAUUUCUCUAGUUUUAGCAUUAAAUGCCUCCGCGCACUAUAACAAAUCCUAGUGUUUGUAUGUAUAAUACUUGUAUAUGUUCUGACAUGGGUCGCUGUGUUUCUCUAGAGUAUUUAAGCUAGAACGACCCGUUUACAGAGAUUUCCACAUUAGGUGGUAUCACUAAUGUUUUUAUUUUCAGAAUUUCUGAAUCAGGACAUUGGGGUUUAAAUUUGCACAAGAGAGCUUAUUAUUUAAUGGUAAUGUGUGUGUAUAUAUAUAUAUAUAUAUGUAUGUGUAUCUGCAAUAAUUCUAUGCACAAUGGGUAAGUAGCUCAGAGUCAGAACCUGGGUGAUCAACGUGAGAAUAUAAAAUCGGUACAGUCCAAGUCAAGAAAAGACAUCAUGGAAAAAUAGUAAAGUUUAUUUGGUAUAUUUUUGGCACAUGAAGUCCAAAUUCGAAUAAAUAAUUAGACAUUGAGGUGAGGCAGAGCUCAAUCUAAAGGGGGAGAUGUUUAUGGGGAUAGAUCAGCAUGGUCACAUGGGGGCAGUAGGGAUUGCAUUCCUAUUUAAUUGCUAGUAUUAUUACUGUUUGACUGUUACUUUAAUAACACCAGCUUACUCAGCAGUACUGUGAAUGAAUACGUCUUAAACAUGCAAAAUGUAAAGAGAGAUUCAUCAGAGAAGGAAGUGAAUUGAUUUAAUGAUAUGGUAAAGGACUGUUAGCAGUCAGAGGAGCCGUCUUUCUGUGUUUGGUUAUAUGUAUAUGUUACAGGCAAUGUAUCAAGACAUGAUGUACAAUUCUCAGGCAAUGCAGUGCAUGCCUUGAGAUUACACACAGCAGACAGAACUAGUAAUGUGUUAAAUUAUGUGUAGUAAGACUCUGACCCUGCCUUAUUUUCAAUUCAGAACUGAUCCUAUAGAUUGCUGCCAGGGAUGUAAUGAAACCGAGACCAUUUUCUUGCAUAUCCAGACACUCAUUCAUACAGUUUAUCAAGCCAUUCUUCAUUCUGUUAACCUGUCCUUUCCACUAGCUGUACAGCAUCAUUUGUCCUUUCCCUCUCAAUGUACCGCCUAACAUUUCCUUAGCUCUCACCACCUCACCUGUCCUUCCCACCCGCUGUACCUGCUCACCUGUCCUUCCCACCCGCUGUACCUGCUCACCUGUCCUUCCCACCCGCUGUACCUGCUCACCUGUCCUUCCCACCCGCUGUACCUGCUCACCUGUCCUUCCCACCCGCUGUACCUGCUCACCUGUCCUUCCCACCCGCUGUACCUCCUCACCUGUCCUUCCCACCCGCUGUACCUCCUCACCUGUCCUUCCCACUCGCUGUAUCACCUCACCUGUCCUUCCCACUCGCUGUAUCACCUCACCUGUCCUUCCCACUCGCUUUAGAUGGAUAUGUUGUGACAGAAGAUCAUUUAUAACAGGACAAGACUUCAUGUAGAAACACACAUGACAUUGUGGGCAAUAAUGAUGGAGAGAAGAGCUAGAACUGCCUCUUCCGACAAGGUUGCACUAGAUCCAACCUGUCAAUAUAACAUUUUAACAGAUUUUUCUCUGUCCUUCACCAAUCUGUGCAGUAAAAAGAUUGGAGCUUUACUCUCCCAUUUUACACAGGCCCCAGGUAUGGCAGGUCUGAAAUUAAAAAGUAAAAAAAAAAAAAAAAUUAGAUUAAUUUUAAUUAGCUAGAUUAAUUGUGACAUUGUGUCAUUUAAUGUUAAAUAUCAGUUUUUCCCGUUUUCGUAAAUUGUUGUUGUUAAAAUAAGGUUGUUUACUGUUAUAAUGUGUUUUAUUGUGUUAUAACAAGGUUAGUCACAAGUAACCUUAUUAAACGUCUUACUAAAACUACCAGAUUUUGUGUUUCAAUAGUUUUUAUUUCCAUUUCUUUUUCAUCCUUUCCCUAACAAUAUCAGUUAUUUCUGUACUGUCUGCCCCCUCUGCGCUGUCUGUCUGCCCCCUCUGCGCUGUCUGUCUGCCCCCUCUGCGCUGUCUGUCUGCUCCCUCUGCUCUGUCUGUCUGCCCCCUCUGCGCUGUCUACAUGCACCCCCCUCUCGUUGUCUGUCUGCCCCCUCUAAGCUGUCUGUCUGCCCCCCUCUAAGCUGUCUGUCACCUCCUGCUGUCUGUCUGCUCCCUCUCUUUUGCUGUCUGUCUACCCCCCCUCUCUUUGUAUCUGUCCUGCCCCCCUCUAGAUUUGUCUGUCUGCCCCUCUAGCUGUCUGUCUGCUCCCUCUCUUUGGCUGUCUGUCUGCCCCUCUCAGCUGUCUGUCUGCCCCCUCUCUGCAGCUGUCUGUCUGCUCCCCUCUCUGUCUGUCACCUUUCUGUCUGUCUGCCCCCUCAUGGCUGUCUGUCACUGCUACUGCCCCCUCUGCUGUCUGUCUGCCCCUCUCUAAGCUGUCAUCUUGCCCCCCCCUCUCGCUGUCUGUCUGCCCCCCCUCUGCCUUUGUCUGUCUGCCCCCUAUAAAACAUGUCUGCCCCCUAAGCUGUCUGUCUGCCCCCCCCCUCUCGCUGUCUGUCCUGCCCCCUCUGCGCUGUCUGCCUGCCCCCCUCUGCGCUGUCUGCCUGCCCCCCUCUGCGCUGUCUGCCUGCCCCCCUCUGCGCUGUCUGCCUGCCCCCCUCUGCGCUGUCUGCCUAAUCUUACACUUUGUCCUGGUUAGGAAAGGAUGGUCAUUUCUCAUGUUUUGCCUUUAUUGUGCAUAUUGCCUGUAACAUAUAUACAGUGUGUGCGUGUACAUGUGCUGCUGGAUGUGAAUGUCUGUCAUGCCUUACACAAUCACCCCAACCAGCGCAUGUUUGUUAGUGGGUGUGGGGUCAGGCUUUCCACUGACUAUUUGGGCAAAUCACUAUGAUGGGAAAACUAAAUGCGUGCCAGACGAUCUAUCACCGUACAGAACCAGAAUUAUAUCAUAAAACCUAGCAGUUGAUGAGUGCAAGCAGGGGACAGGGAAAAAUGGUGAAGAUGGCAGAGCCUGAGGGCAUAGUGAGCAUAGAAGGAGUAACGUGAAGUAAAGGGCAUGGAGGGGACACAAAACAUGAGAAGAGAAAACUGGAGGACGUGGAGAAAACGAACACGAUGGUAUAGUGAGGCAGAAACUGGAGGAUGCGGAGGUAACGUUGAACACGAGGGUAUAGUGAGGCAGAAACUGGAGGAUGCGGAGGUAACGUUGAACACGAGGGUAUAGUGAGACAGAAACUAGAGUAUGUGGAGGUAACGUUGAACACGAGGGUAUAGUGAGGGAAAAACUGGUGAACGUGGAACACGAGGGUAUAGUGAGGCAGAAACUACAGCAUGUGGAGAGAACAUGGAACACGGGGUAUAGUGAGGCAGAAACUGGAGAACAUGGAGGGAACAUUGAACACGAGGGUAUAGUGAGGCAGAAACUGGAGAAUGUGGAGGGAACGUCUGACACGAGGGUAUAGUGAGGCAGAAACUGGAGAAUGUGGAGGGAACGUCUGACACGAGGGUAUAGUGAGGCAGAAACUGGAGAAUGUGGAGGAAACGUCUGACACGAGGGUAUAGUGAGGCAGAAACUGGAGGAUGCGGAGGUAACGUUGAACACGAGGGUAUAGUGAGGCAGAAACUGGAGGAUGCGGAGGUAACGUUGAACACGAGGGUAUAGUGAGGCAGAAACUAGAGUAUGUGGAGGUAACGUUGAACACGAGGGUAUAGUGAGGGAAAAACUGGUGAACGUGGAACACGAGGGUAUAGUGAGGCAGAAACUACAGCAUGUGGAGAGAACAUGGAACACGGGGUAUAGUGAGGCAGAAACUGGAGAACAUGGAGGGAACAUUGAACACGAGGGUAUAGUGAGGCAGAAACUGCAGAAUGUGGAGGGAACGUCUGACACGAGGGUAUAGUGAGGCAGAAACUGGAGAAUGUGGAGGGAACGUCUGACACGAGGGUAUAGUGAGGCAGAAACUGGAGAAUGUGGAGGAAACGUCUGACACGAGGGUAUAGUGAGGCAGAAACUGGAGAAUGUGGAGGAAACGUCUGACACGAGGGUAUAGUGAGGCAGAAACUGGAGAAUGUGGAGGGAACGUCUGACACGAGGGUAUAGUGAGGCAGAAACUGGAGAAUGUGGAGGGAACGUCUGACACGAGGGUAUAGUGAGGCAGAAACUGGAGAAUGUGGAGGGAACGUCUGACACGAGGGUAUAGUGAGGCAGAAACUGGAGAAUGUGGAGGGAACAUUGAACAUGGGGUAUAGUGAGGCAGAAUCUAGAGAACGUGGAGGGAACAUGGAACACGAGGGUCUAGUGAGGCAGAAACUGCAGAAUGUGGAUGGAACAUUAAAUACAGGGGUAUAGUGAGGAAGAAACUGGAGAAUGUGGAGGGAACAUUGAACACAAGGGUAUAGUGAGAUGGAAACCUGGAAAAUGUGGCGGGAACGUUGAACACUGGUAUAGUGAGGCAGAAACCUACAGAAUGUGGCAGGAACAUUGAACACGAGGGUAUAGUGAGGCAGAAAUUGGAAAAUGUGUAGGGAACAUGGAACACGAGGGUAUAGUGAGGCAGAAACUGCAGAAUGUGGAGGGAACAUGGAACACAAGGGUAUAGUGAGAUGGAAACCUGGAAAAAGUGACCGGAACGUUGAACACAAGGGUAUUGUGAGGCAGAAACUGCAGAAUGUGGAGGGAACAUGGAACACGGGGGUAUAGUGAGACGGAAACUGGAGAAUGUGGAGGGAACAUGGAACAUGAGGGUCUAGUGAGGCAGAAACUGCUGAAUGUGGAGGGAACAUUGAACACUAGGGUAUAGUGAGGCAGAAAUUGGAAAAUGUGUAGGGAACAUGGAACACGAGGGUAUAGUGAGGCAGAAACUGCAGAAUGUGGAGGGAACAUGGAACACAAGGGUAUAGUGAGAUGGAAACCUGGAAAAAGUGACCGGAACGUUGAACACAAGGGUAUUGUGAGGCAGAAACUGCAGAAUGUGGAGGGAACAUGGAACACGGGGGUAUAGUGAGACGGAAACUGGAGAACGUGGAGGGAACAUGGAACAUGAGGGUCUAGUGAGGCAGAAACUGCUGAAUGUGGAGGGAACAUUGAACACUAGGGUAUAGUGAGAUGGAAAUUGGAAAACGUGGCGGGAACGUUGAACACGGGGGUAUAGUGAGGCAGAAACUGGAGGAUAUGGAGGGAACGUUGAACACGUGGGUAUAGUAAGACUGAAACUGGAGGAUGUGGAGGGAACAUUGAACACAAGGGUACAGUGAGACGGAAACUGGAGAAUGUGGAGGGAACGUUGAACACAAGGGUGUAGUGAGGUUGAAACUGGAGAAUGUGGAGAGAAUAUGGAACACAAGGGUAUAGUCAGGCGGAAACUGGAGAACAUGGAGGGUUUGACGGGGUCGGAAACUGGAGAAUGUAGAGAGGAAAUAAAUUUUGAUCUGGUGAAGAAAAAGCAGGAGGGGCACAUAGAUCAAGAGGGGACGUGUAACAUGGGGGUCCGGAGAAAUGCAAGCUGGAGAGUGUGUACGGGGUAUAGGACAGUAGGGUGUGAAGAUCUAGAACAAGGAAGAUGUGAAAGGAACAUAAAGAUGUGAAAGUGAGAGGCUGGAGACAUGGAACGUGCGGGUGUGGAAAACUGGACUUGGGUUGGACAUGGCACUUGAGAGUCAGGAGAGGAGGGAACUGGAGGGUGUGAAGGAGGACAUAGAACUUAAGGGUGUGGAGAGGAGAAAAUGGAAUUGCAUGGAGGGGACAUGUAGUGUGAAAAUCUUAAAGAGAAAGCAAAAGUUCAUGGGGGCAUAGGGCACAAAGAUCUGGAGACGAGGAAGCGGGAGAGGAUGUGGAGCAUGAGGGUCUGGAUAAACACAAGCAGGAAGACGUGUACAGGGCAUGGGACAGUAAGGUGUGAAUAUCCAGAAACGGGUAGAUGUGGAAGAAACAUGAGGUGAAAGCUGGAAGGUGUGGGGCUCAGAACGAGAGGGGGUGGAAUGGGUACGGAACUCGUGAGCGUGGAGCAAAAGAUGAAGGAGAACACAAGAGUGGAUCUAAAAAAGCAGGAAGAUAUAAAGAAAAAAAAACACCUCAGGAAAAAAUGGGGCUAUAGGGAAAGUGAGUAUGUAUAAAUGAGCAGACAGAAAGACAUGGAAUGUGAGUAUGUGGUGUGUGGAAGGACAUGAAGUAAUCUAGACAGAAUGAGGUCUUGAAGGGGGAAGGACAAAAAAAGAGUGUGAAAGACAGUGGAGGGCUCAAGGAUGUGAGAAUGUGGAGAGUAAGAAGCAGGAGUUCAUGGAGGUCUUGCAGGUCACCUCUACUGGAACUUAACAUUUCUUGUGGAGUGUUCUUGACUAAAGUAAGUAGCACAGAAAUUGUUUAAUAGGAGCUCUGUGGGAGUAUAUUGAUAACAUCCACCAGAAAACCGCUAUAUAAUCUGGGAUUGUAAAACAUUGGAUUAAAGGCCUUUCAUGUUAGUCCCCAACAUAUGUUCUCAGAUCAUGACCAAAGGAUGCGAGACAGUGGACAUGACCCUGCGCAGAAAUGGCCUGGGCCAGCUGGGCUUCCAUGUUAAGUAUGAUGGCACUGUCGCAGAGGUGGAGGACUAUGGCUUCGCGUGGCAGGCUGGCUUACGGCAAGGAAGUCGACUUGUGGAGAUCUGCAAGGUGGCAGUGGUGACUCUUAGCCACGACCAGAUGAUUGAUCUUCUGCGCACAUCGGUCACAGUCAAGGUGGUGAUUAUACCGCCCCAUGAAGAUGGUGUGCCACGAAGGUAAGAUCUCCCCCCUCCUUCUGCAGCUGCAGAUAUUUUGUGUUUUACCAUUUAAAAGUUUGCUGUAAAAGUGCCAGCAUGUGGCUUCCCUGGCAAUGCUGGCCGAAGAGGAUUGGUUCCCAGUGUGUGUGCUUUAGUGAAUUGUGAUAUAAAGAGUGUUUGACUGUUGUACCGAGCCAGGAAGUGGUUAUAGUGAAGUGAUUUGUGUAACAUUAUGGAAUGCAACAAGAUGCAGGGGGAGUUUUAAUAGAUUGUGCUAUAGAGAGGAAUUAUUAAGCAUGCAGAAACCUGCCUUCAGACCCUACAGCAUUAAUCCACCUAUGCUUUCUGUGACAUGUUUAUAUCUGUGCUCACCGGUCUGCCCGUUCCCUUCUCAUACACACUGCUCUGCGACCUCCCUCCCCAUACACACUGCUCUGCGACCUCCCUCCCCAUACACAUUGCUCUGCGUCCUCCCUCCCUAUACACACUGCUCUCGGACCUACCUGCUCAUAUACAAUGUUCUGCGACCUCCCUAUGUGGAGUUCUGUAUCAGAAUAGGCUGUGCUUGGAGUUCUGUAUUUGAACGGUGUGUGCGUGUGCGGAGUUCUAUAUCGUAAUGGCGUGUGUGCGGAGUUCUAUAUCGUAACGGCGUGUGUGCGGAGUUCUAUAUCGUAACGGCUUGUGUGCGGGGUUCUAUAUCGUAACGGCGUGUGUGCGGAGUUCUAUAUCGGAACGGCGUGUGUGUGGAGGUCUGUAUCGGUACAGCAUGUGAUUUGUAUGUGGGUCAUUCUGUAUCAGAGCGCAGUUUAUAAGACAUUUUGAUGUAGGAAUUGUAUGUAUAUGGAAUUAAAGAGAUAGCUACCUCAGGUUUCAGGUACUUGUAGAAUGAUCUAGAAUUAUCCAUUAAGUUACUAAAGGUGCCAAGUCUGCCCAGCAUGGAUUGCUUUUUUUUAUUGCACAGAUACUGCAAGGCAGUCUCUCUGUAACAGAACUUGCCGGUUAACCACACCCGGUAAAAAAAUCUGUGCAGGGCAAGUCAGGACAAUUAUCUCCCUGUGUUCUGUCAGGGCGAACUCAGAGUUUGCUGUAACGUACAUGAGAGGGUAGUUAUUAUGGGAUGUGAGAAUAACAAAGUCCUGCUAAGGUACGUAUCAGACCGUCUGUUAGCAUUCUGACUGCCAGAAUUCUAAAUUCAUAUUAUACUCUUUAUUACUGAAAGCGUUGUGUCAGGAAUGUUUGACAUGUGUGCUGUUUGCAGUCUGUCACUGUGUAGUUCACAUGUUACAGGGAUACAUUCUUAAAUGUAUAAAGACUCUCUCCUGCGUGCAAAGACCUCUACUCGCUCCCUUCUGGUCAUGCCAGGUUUAGUCACACUGUUACACAUGUUUCUUCUAAAGGGGCUGGACUGAAACCUCCAUGGACCAUAAGGACGCAGAUCAUGCCUCAUCCACCUCCAGACCACCGUACCGCAGCAACACAACUUGGCAGUGGAGCGGCUCUGCUACCCAUCACAGUGCCACUCCUUCACAAAAAUGGGUAAUACCUAACCAUCCACAGUCAUUGAACCGGCCUCCAAAGCAGGCUCCAGGAGUGCCCAUCAGGGAACCACAGUCUCUUCACAAUAACCGGAGGUGGGUUUGAUGCAGAUAAUGAUGACUCCACUCCUACAUGGGACUGUCCCUUUAACCCAUUAAACAUGUCACUGUCAUUAGGUCACUUUGCUCCCACACGGGACUGUCCCAUUAAACAUGUCACUGUCAUUAGGUCACUUUGCUCCUACAUGGGACUGUCCCUUUAACCCAUUAAACAUGUCAUUAGGUCACUUUGCUCCUACGUGGAACUAUCCCUUCAACCCAUUAAACAUGUCACUGUCAUAGGUCACUUUGCUCCUACAUGGGACUGUCCCUUUAACCCAUUAAACAUGUCGCUGUCAUUAGAUCACUUUGCUCUUACGUGGGACUGUCUCUUUAACCUAUUAAACAUGUCACUGUCAUUAGGUCACUUUCCUCUUACAUGGUACUGCCCCUUUAACCCAUUGUGAGCAUUAUGAGGCUUUGUUAAUUAACUAUAGUUACAUUUUUGGUUUUUUUUUUUAUGGGAAAGGCUGCAUAAAUCACUUUGUAGGAAGUUGUAGUUACCAUCGGUGACUUAAUCCUGAAAAACUGGCACAGCUUGUGUCAGUAAGGUGUGACGGGGAGGAGAUACCCAAAGGGCACCAGGAGAAUAUAACUUGUAUAUACAGCUUUUUAAACUUCUCAAAUCUGUUCUCCAAAUAUACAGGCCAGUGAGCUAUCCAGAGACGCCGUAUAUCGCCACGUCGCCGACGGCAGUGGAUAAAGGACAGCCGUACCGGCAUACUUCGGGAAGUUUUUCUACCCCAAACACCAGCGGAGCCAGCUACAGUCGCUUCAAGCCAGCCGUGGAAAGGUGAGUCUGGAUUAUUACAUUUACUCAUAAAAAAUGGAUGUGUGUUGCUUGAAGAGAGAUAUUUUGCUGGGGGAAAAAAAACACAACUUCUGCCGGAGUUAUGUUUUAUCCAUGUUGUUUCCACCCUCACAUGUAACCCGCUUUCACUUGUUCUCUGUUAAUCCGGGUGUAAUUAUACAUUGCCCAAUAAACAGUCUCUAUUUAUAGUGUGCACAUUUUGCAGUGGGUGGAAAUCUGUCUCUGGGAUUAGGAAUUACUGACAGGAUGGUCUAAACCUGAAGGACCGGAGCGGCAGAACUCAGGAGAUGAGAAUGAUAUGGUUAUAGAUGGGAAGCGUGAUGGUAACAUUGUAUGAGGCUGAAAGAUGGCAGCCCUUUGUUAGUGCUCAUUGAUGUAUUUUUUUUCUAAUUGCAGCAGAUUUGGAACUCCCCAGAGAUCGACACAGCAGCUAGAAAGCUACUACGUGCAGGACGGGAUGUCCAGUGGAGAGAAGUAUUCAGGAGGUGUCACCAACCACGAAAUGACAACAGAGAGGCAAAAAUCAGGUGAGGAAUCUCAAGUGCCCUAAUGGA